GUCACACAGACACAGACUGUCUCUUUGGUCGGGGAAGGAAGGAGGGACACACAGUGCUAGAGAGAGGAAGAAACUUGAGUGAAAAAGGAGCAGAGGGAGAGAUAAAGUCUGGAGGGCUUGCAGGGGAAUCUGUCAGAAACUGGGAGCCAGGAGGGGUGGGGAAGUGCAGGAAAUUAAUGAGGUUUUUUUGGGGUGGUGCCAAAGUCUGCAUUGGUUUCUUCCUGUCCUAUUCCCAGUGCUCUUGCCCCCCAGGCAGGAGGGUAGCAAACCUGUGACACCCUCCCUCCGAGGAGAGGUACAGCUGGAAUGGAAGAGGAGUGUGCUGCAGGUGAGUAGUCCAGAUAUAUUAGUAUGAGGUGGGUGUUUGAAUACUUUUAUGAAGAGCAGCUUAGGGGAUGUGUUCAGGAGAAGUAGUGAGAGUCAUUAAAAUGCUGUUUCUGGCACUCCAUUUGCUGUAAUCUAACUCCUAUCAUGCUUAUCCAGCUGUUUGAGCAGGAUGGGAGCUGCACUCCACAGCAGCAUUAAAUACCAGAAGUUGCCUCUCCCUGUUGGGGUAUGUUGUGUGCUGUGAAAUGUGAGGGUGGUAUCAGUAAUGAGAUAGUAGAAUAGAAAGUUGAUUUGGUAAUACAGAACAGAAAAUGGGAUUAGGAGGGUGUGUGUGUACAUAAAUACCAGAAUUUCGCUUCAAAAUCUGGGAACGGAGUGAAGUUUUUGUAGUGCAUGUACGUGUUGUGGAACACCAGAUAGAGGUAUGUGGAAGGACACAGAAAGAAUGUUGUUAAUGGUGUGGGAGUAGUGACAACUACAGUUUUUUUCUUUCUGUACAAAGAGCAAUCAGGGAACAAAAUUCUAAAAUUAGAGUAGUCGGCAAGAAUGCUCCAUUGGUUUCAUUGGUGAUUGCGUCUCAUUUACAACCAGUCACUACUACAGCUCUUCAUACACAGCCCCCCAGCAUAUAAUUUGGAAUAACAUGUAAUGUGACGGAUUUGUGGGACAGUAAUAAGAAACUGAAGGUGUACAAGCAGUUGUGGUUUUGUAAUCUUUCCUACUCCAUUUACUGUCAAUCUUUACCAGGUGAGGGUCCUCCUACGGGAUGGGAGAACCGUCUACGAGCGCAGGAGGAGGAGAUUAUGCUGUUGAAGUCUGCGUUGUGUGACGUUCUACAGAGAAUAUGUACCUUAGAACUUCGGCUUCCGUUGGAUGGACAGUCAUCUGAGAAAAGUUGAGAUCAGUGACUUGAUACAAACGCUAAACAUUUUUAGUUGUAGGACUGUGACAAAUUAUAUUUGACAUGAUAAAUGUGACCAUAUCUGAAAUCUGAUAUCAGGCCUUUGACGUGCUGUGCUAACUGUGCUCUUUUAAACUUGUUAAAGGCUGUGCUCCUACCAUCUAUGACAUUUGCCGUCUUCUUUCAAAUGGGACCACAAAAGGACCAUUAUUCUCUCUCAAAAUAUGGCAUUUGAUUCAUGACCUAUUAAAAAGUUUUUAGUAGCGGAGUGGCCGUGAAACACAGUAUAAUCAUACAUGUCCACCAAAGUCUCUUAUUCUGAUCAGACGUAUGUCAUAGUGUUUUGGGGGGAAAAAUGAAUUCUGGAUGUGUUAUCACUUUCACUGUUUUAUUAUUAAAGGAACACUCCAAGCACCGUAACCAUUACAGCCUGAUGUAAUGGUCAUAGUGCCAGGAGUGCCCUGGCCACCUCCCAGUGUAAUUUGUCCAACAGUUUUAGGACGGUUAAACAGGUGCCAGCACCACAUCCGGUCUUCUCCUGCAGAAGAAGUUGGAUACCUUUACUGUGCAAAGCCUGCCAUUCAAGGACCACAUUCAUUAGCUGGUUCCAGUGAGCAUAGCCCUGUGCCCAGGUGAGUUGUCAAAAAGUUAUAAAACAGUUUGGGAAAUUACACUGAAAGGGCUCCAAGGCACUCCUGGAACCAUAACUAUUUCAGAAUGCUGCAGUGGUUAUGGUGCUCAGUGCAUUCCUGUAAGACUAGUUUUGGAAUAACAGUGAACCCUACAACCAUUUGAAAUUUAACAUAAAUACUAAAAGAAGACUCCAAACACCAUAAUCAGUAAAGCAUGCUGUAGUGGUUAUGAUGCCAGUAGUACUGUGGCACCCAUCCGCACAUUGGUGUUUCACGAGCAAUGCACACUGCUUCCAUACAGACUGAAACUCUCGGCUGCACUGCAUUGCAUAGCAUGUUACAAUGGCCAGAUGAUCCCAGGUAAGAAGUCAAACCUUUACUAAACGGUUUGAAAACUUACAUUGCCGGUGUGCCAGGGCACUCCUUGCACUAUAACUACUUCAGCACAAUGUUCAGUUAAACAUUGGUACUAUAAAUGUAAUGAACUAAAGAGCAAUGAUGUCAGAGGCCACAAAUUAUACUACAGAGAUCAAUCAAAUAUAAUUAUGUACUCCAUGUUUUAGGAAUAUUUGCCAAUUUUAAUUUGGUAUAUAUAUUUUUUUCUGACCUACCAGUUUUGAUGGUGCACCCUGAACUUUGACAUUCAGCCAUUUUUUUAAAUUGUACCCACAAAGAAAACUUGAUACCACAAGGUUGAUUCAAAAAGGUCUAGUUCUACUUCUUACCCAAGUUUAGGUAUAAUUUUUGUGUUUUUGUGUUUUUGUGAAAAAUCAUAGAGGUUCCCAAUUUGAUCAGAAUAAAUCUCUCAAGCAAUCAAUCAAGCCUUCAAUAAAAGGAUUUCCACAAAAAAUUAAAAAUAUUAAAGGCCACUAUAGUGCCAGGAAAACAUACUCGUUUUCCAGUGCCCUGAGGGUGCCCCCACCCUCAGGGACCCCCUCCCGCCUGGAAAGGGGUAAAAACAUACCUUUUUCCAACGCUGGGCGGGGAGCUCUCCUCUUCCGAUCCUCCCCCUCUCCGCCCAUUCGGCUGAAUGCGCACGUGCGGCAAGAGCUGCGCGCGCAUUCAGCCAGUCGCAUAGGAAAGGAUUUACAAUGCUUUCCUAUGGACGCUUGUGUGCUCUCACUGUGAUUUUCACAGUGAGAAUCACGCAAGUGCCUCUAGCGGCUGUCAAUGAGACAGCCGCUAGAGGCUUUGGAGGAAGGAUUAACCCAUUUAUAAACAUAGCAGUUUCAGAGAAACUGCUAUGUUUAUAAAAAAAAUGGGUUAACCCUAGCUGGACCUGGCACCCAGACCACUUCAUUAAGCUGAAGUGGUCUGGGUGCCUAGAGUGGUCCUUUAAAAAUCAUGUGAAGGCAUUUGGCAGGGUCCAUUACUGCUUCUUAAAUAUGGGCCAAAAAAAAGUGAAUUUCCAGUAGAAUUUAUCAGAGUCACUAUGGCACUGUACUCAAAAACAAUUGGCAGUAACUGGCAUUAAUUCAUAAUUUUUCAUCAGCCUGUCAGCUAUGACACUCCAAGUUGCUUUAUUUUGGACGGGAGGGAAUGAUGUUGGAAAUUGGCCUUUCAUAUUCACUGGAACUAUUGAGAUUUAAAGAUUAGUUUUACUGUUACCUCUCCUUCUCGGGUUCUCAGCCUGAACAUUCUAAACCUGCCUCACCACAUUCUAAGCCUGCCUGUUUUUUCAGGCUUUGACAAAUGAUUGUUACAAGCAUCUUCUUAGGGGGAUUUGCAAUUAAAUACUGUGUAAAUUAAUUUCACUUACUCCUGAAGAUCCCCAAUCAUGUACAAUCUUUCUAAGUGGCUUGUUUAGUAUUGUUGUUAAUACUAAUAUGACAGAAAUGUAAUUGUUCGAGGAGUUAUGGAGCAUUGAUAAACAACUUAAGUCAAUGCUUUCACUGGAUGCUUUGACAAUACACACACACAACCUAUUUGACAGUUCUGAAUGUAUUCUUCAUCUAAUUAUACUUUUCAAUUUUUUUUGUUUCCUCCUGCAGAUCAUUCCUCUCCUGUGGUACGUAGUGUGGGUGAUUUCAACACAGCCUCUGAACCAAGCAGGUAGUAGAAAUAAGAUUCAUAUUCAAAUAAAUAGAAAGGCUACAUGGCUUAGGACAGCAUAUAAUCUAUGUUACGAUAUCUUGUUACAGACAAAAGUGUUAUAAUCAUUAAGGAUCAAAGGGACACCAUAGGCCCUAGUCACUCCUACCUGCAUGUGACUCGCACAGCCUUCCUGUAAAGUGACAUCUAAUGUUUACACUUGCCUUAUUGCACAGUCUGUUUAAUUUAGAAUUUCUUAUCUCAUGUACUGUUAAUCACUAGCUUGCAAGGGCCUCCUGUGUGUGAUUAAAGUUCAAUUGCAGAGCUGGAGAUAACUUCUGAAGUAAGCUAACAUCUGAUUGAGCAUGAAACCAUUUAUUUCAUGCAGGCUGUGUCAGCCUUGGGAGGUUGGCUCUGCGUAUGUGGGUAGAUAAACAGAAACAAGAGCAAUUUAACUCCUAAAUGGCAGAUAAUUGAACAGGGAAACUUCAGGCAAGGUUUAUACACCAAACUUGCUUUAUGAAAGCAAAAGAUGUUUUGGUGACUAUAGUGCCCUUUUAAUGUAAAUAAAGCAAUUUACAUUUUAUUACCUCCUGUUUCACUAAAGUGUACAAAUGAUACGUGACAACCUUAAAGAACCUUGUAAAAGAAACUUAUAAAAUUUGCUAAACUGCUUUCAAACAUGAAUUGAAACUUGAUACUAUGGUCAGAUAUAAUGCAAAUGGAGCUGUUUAGCCACAAGCACACGCAUAUAAAUUGUGAUUUUGGAAGAAGCUUACUGUAAAUGCAAAAUAUCCUGUUGAACAGUUGAUAUUAAUUAUGGAAAUGUAAUGUUUCCACUGGCCUAAUAUGAGUAUCAAUGUGGAUUUUGUCCAAAAAAAUUCCAGCAAGUACUGGGACAUUUUAGACAGAAAAUGGGUUGCCCCUGCCACAAGGCUGAAACACAUUAAAUUAGUAGAUAACCAACCACAGAAUUGUUAUUUUUCAAUUGCCGUGUCAGUAACAGGACUUCAAUUCCACUAAAGAUCUGUGUCUUUAUUUGAGAAUUGCACAAGCCAAGGGUUCUGAAAAGAUUGUCUAAGGAAUGAUAAUUUAAGAUCCCUCCCGGUGCAUUCUCUAAUGUCAUAAAUCAACCAUAGGCAUAGGCCAUUAUCCAUAUCUUCCAAAUGUCCCAAUUUAGGAGGGACAGUCCCUUAUUUUGGGCCCAAAUCCACUUCUCCCUCUUUUCUAUCCUAAUUUUUAUUGUCCAUCUUUAUGAGGAGUUCAAACUGGCAUCAAUCUAAUAUUUUUGGAUAAGCUUUUCAAAUGUUUAUAUAUCUUUGGAUACACUUUUAAAAUUAUUUUUUUCAAAAUAUUAAUUUGAAAAACUACAUUAUGUACUUAAAAAAUAUGCAUAUAUUAAAGCAUUUUUUUCGAAAUAUCACAUCAUUAUAAAGUUUUACCAAAAAUAUUAAAUAUUUUUUUUUCAAAUUACUUUAUAUAAUCUAUUCAGAAAUCGCUCUCUGUAAAUAAGCUAUGUUAUUCUUGUUCUAAUUUACAUUUUAGUUGCAUAAAUUGUUAGUAAGCCACCUAAAAUUUUUCAGAACAGCCCUGCCCCUAGCGACACACCCUCUUACACCCUUAAAAUGUAAAUGCCCCUUUUUGACCAUUUGAAAUGUUGGAAGGUGUACAUUAUCCUUGCAGAGGUGGGUUCACAAAGUACUGGAAAGAAGGGUGUCUAUAAAUAAAUAUUGAUAUAUUACUAUUUGUAAAAUGUAAAAUUGUAAUUAUGGUUGAUUCACUUUUAAUAAAGUGCAAAUUAUAUGCUAAAUAAUUGGAAAAUAUAUAAUACCUAUUUUAUUUGAAUAUAUCAGUUUUUAUUAAUCUGUCACUGAUGCCAAUCUACAUGGAUCUGUCUGUAUUAUCUGAUUAUUGGUAGAUAACUAUAAUCCAUAUGGUUGGGUUGUGUACAGAUAUCCACAUUGCAUUGCUGAUAAUGCAGCAAUGUUGUGGAGACAGGCUUGGAGACGGUGGUGAUGCCUAAUAGAAAGCAAUUGUUGUUGGGGGAUUCCAUCAUAAGAGGUGUGGAGAUGGACAAUGGUGGUCUUGUGAGAUGUCUUCCCGGAGCUAAUGCUCACAGAGACAGGAGACGUAUUUGUAAUAUUGUUAAGCGAGCAAAGCAGGAAGGGGAAUUGGAUGUACUUGUCCAUCUAGGGUACAAUAUAUAGAAUAGAUACAAAAACACCUGUGUGCAGGUAGACAACACACUCAGUGGGUAAUAGGUACAAACAUACAAAAAUUACCCUUAGUCAAUAGUGAAGUAGAUGAAAGGACUCCUCAUAUGUCCUUAAAACAAUAUUGAUAUACUACCAGAAGGCAAUCAACAACACAAAAAUAAUAGAAACGGACAUAGAAUAGUAACGUAGUAUACUAGGAGUUAUAAAAGUAGAUAAUUGCACUCACAGACCCAAUUUGAUUGCAGGCAUAUCAUAAAUAACGAUGUGUAUACUUCUGGACUUGUGGAACAUCAAUCCCAUACAUAGGAGAAAGAACAAGAAAUAAUGGUGCAGAGUAUCUUAAGUAGAAAUGACAAAAUUUAUUACAAGAUACACUUACAAGAAAGAUGUAUCAAAAAGGCACAUCAAACUCUGCUGAAGCUGCAACCCAAUCCCAGGAUCAGAAGAGCAGGAGAGCCAAAUAAAAAUAAAAAUAAACUUAAAAACUGUAAAAAACAAAUACUCAGCAUAUAAAAACAAGCCCUACGCGUUUCGUUCAUAUAAGAACUUCAUCAGGGAAAUCCAAUCCUCUGUAGACAAAAAAUAAAUAAAGCGAUCGUCUUUUUAUAAGUGCAUUCAAAUUUGCCGCAAAGAAAAUCAGCUGUGCGAGUUACUUCCGGGUUCCGGCUUCAGCGUAUUUCCGGAUACGCCCCUAUUGCGUUCCGGAAGUGCUGUCCAAGCCUCAUUCUGAAGUUCAUUUGGAUAGACGGAAGUCAAGACGAAUGUGCGUUCCACUUUGCGUUCCAUUCUCGGAAUUAAACACAUAAAUCCCCAAACACAUCGUUAAGCAGAAACAACUGAAUGUAUAUAUAUGUAUAUAAAAAGGAAAGUAUCUUCUUCACUUAAUUAAAAAAGGGGGUAAUAAAAAAUAAUAAUAGGAAAAAUAUUAAAUACAUCCAAAAGAUAAAUAAAAAUAAAAUAGAAUAAAAAUAAAAAUAAAAUAAAAUGAAAAUAAUAAUAAAAACAUAAAAAUAAAAUUAAAAUAAAAAUAAAAUUAAAAAUAAAAUAAUGAUAAUAAUAAAUAAAUAUAACAAGAAAUAAAAUAAUAAGAAUAAAUAUAAUAAAAUAAGUAAUAAUAAAUCAUAAAAAACAAACCAAAUCAAAAUCAACAUUUAAACCCCUCGGUUUCAUAGUUUGCAAUGUAUGAAUCCAAUAGCCCUCUCUUUUUCUUAGAGCCAUCAUAAGAUCCCCUCCUCUCUCAUUUAAGGCUACCUGCUCUAUAGCUACACAUUUAAGUGUGUCAAAAUUGAACAAUAAACAAUUGUUACAAUGUACAGGUACUGAAUGAGAUAAUAAACCUUUUCUUAUAUUAUUUCUAUGCUCUUGAAACCUAACUUUGACUUUCCUUUCAGUUCUUCCAAUGUACUGCAUCCCACAUCCACAAGUGAGGAGAUAUACCACGUAAGAGGAAGAACAGGAUAUUUUAUUUUUAAUUUUAAAUUUAACUUGAGUUUGUGUACUUGUAAAAUCCUUUAUAACACUGAAUCGGUGGCUACAACUUUUGCAGCUCCCACAUGUAUAAAAACCUCCCAUACACCUGGUCUGAUCUUUUCCUGAUCUAAAAGUGCUAGGUGCAAGGAUCUGCUUUAGAUUAGUCCCUUUUCUAAAUAUAAUUUUCGGAACUUGAGGGAUUUGUGUACUUAAAAACUCGUCUUCAAGAAGUAAUCCCCAAUGUUUCUUAAUUAUUCUUUGUACACCCAUUAUAUUGGGUAUUAAAGGAGAAAUCGAAAAUAGGAUUCCUAGUUGUUAAAUCUUUUGUUUUGUUUAAAAGUAAAUUGCUGCGGUUAAUUUUACCAACUCUAUCGAUCUCUAUAUCUAACGACGAGGUGUAACGUUGUUUAAGGAUCCCAGCUUGUGUAAAAAAUGAGUCUAGGUCACUACAGUUCCUACGUAACCUGACAAAUUGGCUUUUGGGAACUCCUUUCAGCCAGUUAGGGUGAUAUCCACUUUUAAUAUCAAUAAAGCUAUUAGAAUCAAUAGUUUUAAAGAAAGUCUUUGUUUUGAUCUUCCGAAAUUCUAUAAAAAUAGACAGGUCAAGAAAAUCAAUAUCACAGACACCUACCUUAGGAGUAAGAAUAACGGAUAGAGAAUUGUGAUUAACAUAUGAAAAAUAGUAUUUGUCCAUCUAGGGACAAAUUACUUGGCUUUCAAUGAGGUUUCAGAGGUUAAGGAAGUUUUUAGUGUGUUUGCCUAUGAUAUACGGCAGGUUGCUUCCACACUGUCAUUCUCUGAAGUUCUGCCUGUGCAUAACACUCAGAACGACAGGCAGAUGCGCAUUAGGGACUUUAACUUGUGGCUUGUGUAACAAACCACCUCUUUUAUAGGUAGGAUUGUCACAGAUCUUGCAGUAACCACAGCCUUCUAGGGUAUACAAAGUCCAGGACACAUUCAGCUCGGUUUUCCUUUUUAUUCAGUAAGAAAACAGGUGCUUUAAAUAAUAACAAAACAAACAAAAUCCCUUGCUCUUACUUGAGCUCUUACUAGACAGUAAUUGCUAUCUGCAAUUGGGUGGCUUUCCCACUUACCAAUUUUCCAAACAAAAGAAAUGUCUUUGCAAUAAACACAAUCUCUCCUAGCUGUCUUUUUCUCCCUCACUCUGCAGCAGGCUGCCCUCUUCUUUUAAAGGCCUGUCUGCUAAUUGACUAGCCACAGGUGAGUGCCAAUUAGUUAACUCCUAAGUCAGACCUAAAGUGUGGUCUGUUACACAGCAACUAGUGCUGUUGGAGCAUUGGCCCACCCUGCUCUCCAAAUACUCCGCCCCAGGGACCCAUACCAUGUUUUGCAGAACCUUAGCAAUGUAGAUUGCAAACUCUAACAUCUCUCCCUGGGGCAUUUAACUGGAAAUUCUCAGGUUGCUGUUUAACAAAUCAGGCCUGAUGUAUCUUCCAUCAAGCACAAUUCCACUUUUACGCUCACACUUGGUAAAUGGUGUCAGGAGCAAGGAUUUGGCUUUAUUUCUCAUGGUAGCUCUGUUUGGAAUGGAAAUAAACAAUACAACAAAGAUGGUUUGCAUCUUUCUCAAAAGGGAACAAAUGUUCUCAGUGAUCAGUUCAGAGGUUUUGCUAGGAUGUAUUUAAACUAGAAGGGGGGGGCAAAAGGGUGAUAAAACAUCAAUCCAAUUGCCCCCCAAAACAAGGACAGAAUGUGCCUUUAGCAAGUGUGUUAAAAAGGAUAAGCUUAGAGUCAUGCCUACAAAUGCUUGCAGUUUAGGGUAUAAGAUCCAUGAACUUGUGGCAAUAAUGGCAACUGAUAAUGUAGAUUAAGUCGCUGUUACUGAGACAUGGUAUAAUGAGAAAAAUGACUGGGACAUAGCAAUACCAGGGUACUCUUUAUAUUGAAAAGACAGGGAAGGCAAGAAAGGGGGAGGGAUGGCCCUGUAUGUGAAGGAUAGCAUAAAAUCUAGCCUAAUAAAAGUUAGUGAGGCAAACAUAGAGUCCGUUUGGAUUACGUUAGAAUUUGGUAAUCACACAGUAACUCGUGUAGGUGUGAUUUAUAGGCCCCCAGGACAAAUAGAAGAGUUAGAUAAUCAACUAGUUGAGGAAACAGCUAAAAUGACAAUGAAGUGGGAAGUUAUCAUCAUGGGUGACUUUAAUCUUCCUGAUGUGAAUUGGAAAACAUAUUACUGUAGGUGAAAGUUUAGGAUCUAGUGAUCAUUAGUCAGUGUGGAACCGUUUGUAAAGGCCUUCAACUCCCUUACACAACUCCAGGCUCUCCCCCCCCCAUCACUGGAAGCUCACAUAACCCUCAUACCGAAACCAGGCAAAGAUCCAACCAACUGUGGAAGCUACAGACCGAUAUCCCUUAUAAACCUAGACUUAAAGAUCUUCACGAAAAUUCUAGCAACCAGACUACGACCCCUACUCCAGUCCCUAAUACACGACGAUCAGGCGGGUUUCGUCCCCAACAGAGAAGCAAAGCACAACACCACAAAAAUCUUAAACCUCCUCUACAUUGCACAACACCUGCCAACUGACAGCCUCCUGCUAUCAAUAGACGCGGAAAAGGCGUUUGACAGGGUGGACUGGACCCUGUUAAUAGCCACUCUCUGCAAAAUAGGCUUUGGUCCAAACUGGAUCAGGUGGAUGAAAUCCAUCUACUCCACCCCCACCGCCAGAUUGCGAAUAAAUGGACAACUCUCAAACCCGGUACACAUCAGAAAUGGCACGAGACAGGGGUGCCCCCUUUCUCCCCUCCUGUUCAUCCUUAUAAUGGAACCCUUCCUCAACGGUGUUAGAAGUAACCCAGCCAUACAAGGAAUGCAAGUGAAACAAACAGAGUACAAAAUAUCGGCCUUUGCUGAUGACCUCCUAUUCACCAUUCAAUCCCCAGAAACUUCACUACCUCCACUACUAGAGGAAAUAUACCUCUACCACACGCUAUCCAACUUCAAAGUCAACUUUACCAAAAGUGAAAUCCUUCCAAUCAAAAUAUCCCCCCAGACCCGUGCCUCCCUCACAACACGAUUCCCGUUUACGUGGGCGGAAUCAGCAAUAACUUAUCUGGGAGUACGUCUCCCAGUAGACCUAUCAUCCACCUUUGACAUGAAUUACGAACCACUCUUCCAAUCUAUCUCAAAAGACCUCCAAGCGUGGCAUAAACCACAAUACUCCUGGCUCUGCAGAAUUAAUAUUCUAAAAAUGAAUACCCUCCCCAAGAUCCUAUAUCUAUUCCAAACCUUACCCAUAGUUAUACCCAAGAUAUUCACUAAACUAAGGACACUGUUUACAACUUUCAUAUGGGCUCAUAAACAGCCGAGGAUCAAAUAUGAAAUCCUCACCAGACAUAAAUCCCAAGGCGGACUGAGUCUACUACACCUUGAACAUUACUACGAAGCAACAGUCCUGUCGCGGAUAUAUGAAUGGUCGAUUCACCCCCCAACACGACAGUGGAUAAAGCUAGAAAGCUCCAUAUUCAAUUCUCCCAUACACACAAUCCCGUGGCAAAAAUCAACCCUAUCAACACUCCUCCUCAGCCACACUAAACACCCUACGAUCCGACCCACGCUCCUGACCUGGUCACGCAUUCGCAAGUCAACUAAUUUGUCCCCCCACCCAUCCCCCUUGUACCCCAUUACCCACAACCCGCUCUUCACCCCAGGCAUGAAAGCCAAGCCAUACCUCACCCUCCAAAACACAUCAGACAAGACAUACCUCCAGUUGGGCACCCUCUUGGAGGGUCACCACAUACGCCCCCUCUCCAACCUGACAAGACAAGACACUCAUACACCAAUGCAGACCCUUCUCUAUGCCCAGGUAGCCCACUUCAUAAGGGACAACACUACCCUAUACGGAGGUGCACGUACGCUCUCAAACUUCGAAAUACAUUGUAAAUCAAACAAUAUCAAAACCAAACUGCUCUCGACGUUCUAUAAACUUCUCAGCUCAGAACACGCUAACACGCUACCACCCUUCACGGACUCAUGGACCAAAGACCUUCGAUGCCCAAAUUACAAACCCCCAGUGGAACACUAUUUUCCAUUUGACAGGAAGAAAAAACACUAUUUUCCGUCAAAUACAUGCCACCUCAAUAUGUACCGCGAUCCAGGAGGGUAACUACAAGAGAAUUGCCAGAUGGCACUACUCACCGUCCAAAAUUCAUAGCCUCUUUCCAAACACACAAGACAUAUGCUGGAAGUGCUCCCAAGGGGGAGCCUCCCUAGCUCAUACCUGGUGGACUUGCCCAAUACUCCAGAAGUACUGGAACAAUAUAGUAAAAAUGCUCAAAACAAUAACGGGAAUUCAAGUGCCAACUACCCCACAAGCAUUACUCUUCAUGAUCCUCCCAAGCCCCUUGCCCAAACCGCACCAUAUCCUCCUCACCCACCUUAUAACCGCAGCCAAUUUACUCAUUCCUGUCAAAUGGAAAAACUCUAACGCCCCAUCAAUCAGGGAAUGGAUCGCUAAAGUAGAGACAAUCAGAACCAUGGAGGAAAUCCAUGCCUCCAUUGCCCACAAACAAUCACUCUUUCAGAACGUCUGGGACCCAUGGGUCAGAUUUAUAAAUGACAAAUAGAUCAGGUAUACCCUAAUGAAGGAGGAACACAUACAUCAGCCCCCCAACACCCUAACACUCCUCCAGUGCAGACACUGACCCAAGGGACCAUACGCACCCUCCUCCCCCCCAAUCCCACCGCCCCAAUCCUCUCAACCACACCAACAUAACCCACUCUUCUCCCCGUUGAAACCUACACCACCCGACACAGCAACACACCCAUCAGUCACAUAACCAUCAUUAACACUCUUUCAUACAAAGCGAGUAAGGUGAAUAAAGGAGUGAACAGACCUAAUGAUUUUCACACAAAAAGUUAUCAAGAAGGCCCCUACUCGGCCACCCGCGACCAUCAUAGGCUAUCGACCUCAAGACUGACGGUUCAGCUCGUUUUUGUUAUGUUCGACUAUAGUUUUAUUAUGAUCUUAUCUUAAUUAUGAACACAGGACUGAUAAGAUGAUACGUUAUAAACGUUGCCGUCAUACCACAGUGAAUGUAUUGAAACGGGAUAUCCAUGUUUCAUGUAUCAUAAGUUUUAGACUUUAGAAAAACAGACUUUUCUAAAAUUAGAAUAUGUGUAAAGGAGUCAUCAAAUUGGAGCAAUUUAAAUUGAGUCCAAGAGAAAUGGAAUUAUUUAAAAGUUGCACUGCUGAAGGCAACAGAAAAUUGCAUUAGACUUGUCAGUAUAAGCAAAAAAUUCAAGAAACCACUAUGGUACUCCGCAGAUGUGGCCAAAAUAGUAAAAAACUAAAAGUUAGCAUUUAGUAAUUAUUAAAAAACCCAGAGUGAGGAAGACAGAAUGAUCUAUAAGAUUAGGCAGAAAGAGGCUAAGCAAGUUAUAAGAGCUUCCAAAUCACACACAGAAGAGAAAAUAGCACAGUCACUAAAAAAAGGGGACAAAACAUUUUUUAGACACAUAAAUGAGAAAAGGAAAGUAAAACAAGGAUUAGUUAGAUUAAAAACAAAAGAAGGAAGGUAUGUAGAAGAGGAUAAAGGUCUAGCUGACUGCCUCAAUGAAUAUUUGUUGUUCAGUAUUUACAUAUGAAAAUGAAGUAAAUGGACCACAGUUAGGAAAAAGGACAAAUGAGCCAUUUAUUACAUGUGAGUUUACAGAGGAAGAGGUUUUAUGUCAACUGUCAAAAGUAAAGACAAAUAAGUCAAUGGGACUGGAUGGAAUACACCCAAAGUUAUUAAAAGAGCUUAGUGGUGUACUAGCAAAACCAUUAACAUAUUUAUUUAACCAAUCAUUGUUAACAGGAGUAUUCCCAGAAGAUUGGAAGUUAGCGAAUGUUGUGCCCAUCCACAAGAAAGGUAGUAGGGAGGAGUCGGGCAACUAUAGGCCAGUAAGCCUUACUUCAGUACUGGGGAAAGUAAUGGAAACCAUGUUAAAGGAUAGGCUUGUUGAACAUCUACAAACACAUGGAUUUCAAGAUCAGAGACAACAGGGAGAUCAUGCCAAACUAAUCUUAUUGAUUUUUUUGAUUGGGUAACUAAAAUAAUAGAUCAGGGUGGUGCAGUAGACAUUGCUUACCUAGAUUUCAGUAAGGCUUUUGACACUGUUGCACAUAGAAGGCUUAUCAAUAAACUGUAAUCUUUAAGUUUGUAUUCCAAUAUUGUUGAAUGGGUAAGGCAGUGGCUGAGUGACAGGCAACAGAGGGUUGUAGUCAAUGGAGUAUAUUCAAAGCUUGAGCUUUUCACCAGAGAGGUACCUCAGGGAUCUGUACUUGGACCCAUUCUCUUUAAUAUUUUUAUUAGCGAUAUUGCAGUAGGACUUGAUGGUAAGGUAUGUCUUUUUGCUGAUGAUACUAAGAAAUGUAAUAGGGUUGAUGUUCCAGGAGGGAUAAGCCAAAUAGCAAAUGAUUUAGGUAAACUAGAAAAAUGGUCAGAGUUGUGGCAACUGACAUUUAAUGUGGAUAAGUGCAAGAUAAUGCAUCUUGGACGUAAAAACCCAAGGGCAGAGUACAGAAUAUUUGAUAGAGUCCUAACCUCAACAUCUGAGGAAAGGGAUUUAGGGGUGAUUAUUUCUGAUGACUUAAAGGUAGGCAGACAAUGUAAUAGAGCAGCAGGAAAUGCUAGCAGAAUGCUUGGUUGUAUAGGGAGAGGUAUUAGCAGUAGAAAGAGGGAAGUGCUCAUGCCAUUGUACAGAACACUGGUGAGAUCAUUGUACGCAGUACUGGAGACCGUAUCUCCAGAAGGAUAUUGAAACUUUAGAGAGAGUUCAGAGAAGGGCUACUAAACUGGUUCAUGGAUUGCAGGAUAAAACUUUCCAGGAAAGGUUAAAUGAUCUUAACAUGUAUAGCUUGGUGGAAAGACGAGACAGGGGGGAUAUGAUAGAAACAUUUAAAUACAUAAAGGGAAUCAACACAAUAAAGGAGGAGACCAUAUUUAAAAGAAGAAAAGCUACCACAACAAGAGGACAUAGUCUUAAAUUAGAGGGGCAAAGGUUUAAAAAUAAUAUCAGGAAGUAUUACUUUACUGAGAGGGUAGUGGAUGUAUGGAAUAGCCUUCCAGCUGAUGUGGUAGAGGUUAACACAGUAAAGGAGUUUAAGCAUGCGUGGGAUAGGCAUAAGGCUAUCCUAGCUGUUAGAUAUGGCCAAGGACUAAUGAAAGUAUUUAGAAAAUUGGGCAGACUAGAUGGGCCGAAUGGUUCUUAUCUGUCGUCACAUUCUAUGUUUCUAUGUUUCAAUACAUUAUCCUAAUUAUACUGUUUAUUACCAAUAUCUGAACAUAUAAGAAUUUGCGGUUCCCUACAGAUGUCAAAUGUGGGCAUUUUCUGCUUUCUGGAUCCAAGUAGUCUGGUUGAAAAGGGAUGUCAAUCAGAUUAUUACCCAACAAUAUAUUUUGGAGAUAAAAUCUAGAAAAGAAACAAACUAGGCCAGGUAUUCAGCAAUUACAUGUAAAUUAUAGCUUAAUGGGUAGAUUUUCAGUUAACAUUAGAAUAUUUAUGUUUAGUUUAUUUGUAAAACAGUGAAUUUUAGUGUAGUGAAAACAGAAUUGAAAACCAACAUAACUGAUUUGGGAACACAAUGGGAAGAAAAUGUCCAGCACAGCUAUAAUCACAGAUUAACUAUUUAUUUUUCAAUUUAUUUCAGUUCACUAUUUAGUGAAUAUAUCUUUAUUUAUUUUUUUCAGUGACCCCCUUAAGUCUUUACCUCCUCAACCUGCCCGUGGCUCUUCACAGAGCACAGUUAGCACACAGACAGAAUGGUCCGUGGUGGAGACAAAAUCCAAGGAGAGCACUGAUCCAGUGGAAGGGACUGGAUCAUUUGACAGCGACUUACUAAAUGGGGUGAUCACAGAUCUCGUUAAUGAUUCUGAGGGCCCACGAGACAUUGAACAGGAAGCUCGGAGUCCAGCAAUAGAUGAAACAGUUUCUAAUGUACGUACUGUGAAUAAUCUGCGACAAGGAAAGAAGGAUUUGUGAGUAUACACUUCAGCACAACGGUUAUACACUGAGUUUGUAUAAAGCAUGAGUUGGAAUAUAGCUCUAUGAUUUUUAUGAGAAGGCAAAGCUAGUCUAUACUGUCUUUUUCUUAUAAAGGCUUUGUGUUUUUCUCGUAAAGGCUUCGCAGAAACAGCACUUCAGAUAAACUGAUCAGAGACACAAAAGAUAAGAACAGAAAAUUAGAGAGAAAAUCUGUCUCUUCAGCAAAUCUUCUGACUGGUAAGAAGAUAUUUCCUGUAGCAGAAUGGAAGAAUGAGUAAAUAGGGUGAAGAGAGAAUGUGAGUGAGAAAUGAAGAGAGCAAAGCAAGUGCAGAGAGAAUUUAGGGGCAAAAAAUGAAUAGCCACAGUCUUUUUUACCACUGUGUAGCAUUGCUUUGCAUGUUACGUGCUAUGAUUUUGUCCAUUGACUUCUGUGGUUAAGAUUCUGCCCCGGAGAUUUGAAUAGAAAUAGAUACAUUUACAGGGUUAUGCUCUAAAGUUAGAAUUCUAAGUGAAUUCAAAGUCAUUAUCAAAUUUAAGGUAAAAGUAGCCAAAUUGGGCUGAGCGGGGCCUGACCGCAGGACUGAGAGGAAGCAAACCUCUGCAGCUCCUGCUGAACAGCGCAAAAAAGCUAGGAAAAAGCCACAAAAACGGCACUACUAAACUAAUCAAAGGCCACCCAGGUGACAGACGACACCGGGACACAUACGGCGAUAUCAAACAUGUGACAAACAUCCUGGUACGUACCAGCCACACGGAUGAGGCCUAGCAGCAUGGUGGGAGCGGGAGGGACAGCCGCCCUCUCUCUGCCAAGACCGGCCAGAAAAGUGCCCCAGAACACCCGUUCCCCCCCUAUGGACUGGUGGGGGUCAUCCCGGACUGCCCCUAUGCAACUCCCCAGCAGAGCGGGAAGAGAGAGACAGAGACAAGGAGGAACAGGCCUAACACCUCUGCAGCCCGCAAGAUGGCGGAUGUCCCUCACACUGCAGGCUCAGGAGAUUCGGAGCUCGACACGAGUGGUGGGUCGGCAGGGCAGGAGGCCCGACAAGAUGACCGCACUAGAGAGACCGUCCCAGAGCCGCAGCGAAGCACCCGGCCCAGUGGUGCUCACCAAGGGAAGGAUCUGGCAAGGAGACACAGACGAAGACCUGCAUACGAACCAUUACGCCAGCACCACCCUCCGAGCAUCAGGCGUGGGGUGAACAACCCGGAUUGGACUCUAAAAGCCGUGAGCUCCAUAUUGCUCAGUAUAUGGCUUUACGUGUCAUACCGCUAAACAUACCUCGGACUAGAUUCACCAUUACUGUCUGGACUGUCCGUUUAAUGCAGAACAUAGUUAAUGCAGAUCCUGUUUAAUGCAGACCCUGUUCAAAUGAGCAGACUUCAGCUAUUAAUAAGUUUUUUUUUCUGUGCCAUACACGCCUCGCUUUCCUCUCCCUCUCUCAUACCAAGCAACAACUAUAUAGUCAUGCUUAUUAGGCUUGCACUAUAUCUAUUUUCAUACACUCAGCUCGCCUACUGAAACACCUUAAUUGCAAAAUUGAUGCAACUACAUAGCAUGCCAUAGUAUCGUUUUCCGUUGUGUUUCUUCCUCGCCUGCCCUGCUGUGGUGGCGCCACAAGCGUAUAUGUUUUACUUAGCAUGCACCCACUACUCAUGCUAUACUUACCUUCACACUUAAUCCAGAAACAAGAUGUAUAGCCUGUACCCUUAGCAUAUUAUAAAACUUAAAAGACAAUCUCCAAGCUAGCAUGGAAAAAAUCCUUAUCAAUGUUAUGCUUUAAUAUCCCUAUACACCAUGCUUACUGUUACCUACUACUAUAAUUCUAAAAAUGUGCUGUAACUCAGACAUGCAUACGGUUUGCAAACUGAUAUUUUCCAAUGUGAUGUUUUGACAUGACUCUAACAAGCUGUUAUCUUUGCAAUGCACUCAAAAAUAAAGAAUAAAUAAAAAAAAGUAGCCAAACUGGAAACAUUGUCUAAGUCAACUAUGGUUUCAGUUUGACCUCUUUUGCCUUAUUUUGAAAUUCACUUAGAAUAAAAUAAUUUCAUAAAAUCACAUUUUCAUACCUGAAUACAUCUUGAGGGAUAUUCACUAAACCAGCAGUUGUCAGCAAUUGAUCAGAGAAUUCCAAAUAUUAGGGAAAAUUGCAGAGCUUUAUUAAUAAUUUACUCCUGCUAUUAUAUAUAUUUUUUAUUAUUCUUGUGCGUGUGUUAUAUUCUGUAUUUUUCGGCAUGGCAUUUUGACAUUGUGAGGUACCUUAGGAUAGUAAUUGGUUGCUGGAUCCCAGAAGUGGGGAGGUACAUCCAAGUAUAAAUCAGGCAUUGCUGCACCCGGCUGAGAAUGCCGACACACCACCCCAGGUAGUGAUCAGAAGCACAUGGGCUAAGGGAAGAUGCAUUAGGCAUAGUUUGGUAAUCCAGCCAGAACUCAAGGCAGGAAGCACCGGUACAUCUUUGAAGUGCCAGAGAGGCAAAAACCGUAUCAGUUAUGAUCUUUUCUCUCCUCCCUGUGUUUCCUAACUGUAUGUUCACUUUGGAAGAAAAAAUAUUUAUCCUUACCUAUGGAUCAGGGCAUUUUUUCCUUCAUUUUGGAGGUGAUCUUGCAAUCCACUUAAAGGGACACUCCACAGCCAUAUACAAAAUAAAUAAAAUUCACUAUUUAGUAGAUACAGUCUACUAAAUAGUGAUUAUAAGCCCCAUUCACCCUAAAUGAAAACGUGCAUGCAUUUAUGUAUGCAUUUUAUCACUGGAGUUGUUUCUAAAAAAAACGCUUGCAAAAACUGCAGAUCUCUUGUCUGCUGCCUUUGCAAGCCCUCCUCUUCUAACCCCGCCCAGACUUUCUGUGGCUGUCCAAUCACAUACAGUCUUUGCAAGGCAGGUGCUCUGGGCAUUUGCCGCCUCCUGAGUUCAGUGCAAAUACUGUAACCAAACCAGGAAGUAACAGGACUUGCUGUCUGCUUCAAAAGCCGGGGGUGUAAUUAGCAUAGUUUAGAAAAGUGUCAAUUUCUGUGGAACUCUGCACUAUUUCCAAAAUGAAAAAACAGAACACACACUUCACACAUAAAGCUUUUCAGUACGCUAAAGUGCUCUAGGGGUUUCGAGCGUCCCUUUAAAUCUUAUGAGAUGUACCAUGCAAGAAACAAGGCUUUGACAGACAUAAUUCCAUAACUUUCAGUAUUUUCACUAGACAAAAAUGAUUUCCCCCAAAUAUAUUCAAUAUAUUUUGUUAUGUUUUAAAAGCUUUAUCAUUAUGACUGUGUGUUAUACUUUAUGUCCAAAUGUAGCAUCUCCUGAAAUGGUUUUUAGUCACAUGAAGGCACAAUACUCUACAUUUUUAAUAGUUUAGUUUUAAUGUUUAUGUCUUUGUUACUCUGAGGCCCUAAUGCUUUUCACAUUACAUUUUAGGUUCUUCUGGAUCAAGACGUGGAAAUUAUAACGUGGGUGAGUAACUUAAUUUAUAGGUGAUAGAAAAUUAAUGACUUACCGUAAUAGAUGUGUCCCAAAUUAAUUAUUUUUUAUUUUUUACCGAUUUCUUUUUUUUUUGUCAUCAGCAUUUAUUCUCAAAAACAUACACCCUAGAGAUAGCAAUCAGCCUGUCCCUUUUGUUCUUUAGUUUUUUUUGGCCACUUUUAAAGUUUGUUCUGGAUGGAAUUAUACUUAUUUUUUUUAUUUUUUUUUAUUUAUUUUUCUUACAAUUCUAAUCUGAACCAAUUGAAGACAUCCUUAUGUUAAUGAACCUGUGUAAACGGUAAAAAAGUGAAAAUGCAGGGCGUUUAGUCGUAUGUAUGUAUGUAUAUACAUUUAUCAGGGAAAUUUCCAAAUGAACUCCCAUAAUUCAAAAAUGGUUUUAAUUCCAGUUCCGAAGGAGACACCGGUUAAAAGGAUUAUUCCAACCAUCAUAACUACAACAGCCAUAGUGGCUAUGAUGGUAGGAAUACCCUGGCAACAUUCCACAGUAAUGAGGAAAACCUUGGUAGAAUGGUUUGCCUUCUUACCUUGUUCGUUGAGCACAGGUUUACGGAUGUCAAUCCUGCUUCUUUCAUUGGCUGAGACCAUUGCCUGACUGACCACUCUCAGCUAUUUGAGUGUCUGUGCAUCUUGUUCUAGGCUGGAUAAAUAUACGUGCUGCCAGAUUUUGAGUUACAUCAUACCUUCAUAAUGUAUUAAAUUAACAUAAAUGUUAACAAAAUUAAAUAAAAUAAUAAGCAUCAAUAAAAAUCCAAAUAAGUCCUUUGCUGUGCCAAGACGCAUUUCACUAAAGUGCUUCUACAAUCACUUUAGCAAAAUGUGUCUCGGCACAGAAGAGCAUUCACUCAGAAUUGUAAUUGCUGCUUAUGGUUUUAUAUCAUUUUAAUUGUUUUAACAUAUAUGCUAAUUUUAAAUUUAAUAAAUUCUGAAAGCAUCAAGUCUCAAUGAUUUAUCAAAAGGGUCCAGGACCCCAGAUAAUUAAAGAGAGUGUCACCCUUUACUGACACUAAAGUCUACCACCUCGGAACCAGGUAUUUUUCAGUGCUCAGAACAAAGUGAGCAUUCUUUUUAUUUGGUUGUUUUUGUUUUGUUUUAUACCACUCAUAGAUUCAUACUGCACUAUUAGUUUCCCUAUAUCUUUGUUUUUUAUUUGAGGAUUGAUAUCCUUAUUCUCUUAGUAGGCAACAAGUGAGUGUGCCACAUCUCUAUUAUUUCAAUUCACUGCUCAUCAUUAAAAGCCUCACUAUUAUAUGUUUAUUUUUUUUUCACGUGUAUCCUAAGACUUCAUUAUUCCGAUUCAAUACAAUAUGUGUGGGGCAAGCAUUGUGAGUGCACCACUUUAUGCAUUUUUGGUGUUUCACCAAAUUAAGUUUUGUAAUUUUUUUUUAGUUUAUUUUGGUCUGGGAAAAGAAGGACAACCUACACAAAUGUUUUUGAGUGUUCCACUAUUUAUUCAUAAGCGCUUGGUUUACACAAUUAUUGUUUUUGCCAUUUUGGAUCACUUUUAUUUUUCUAUAAUAAUGCGUGUGUGUGUCAGUAUGUCUGUCAGUGUAUGUGCCCGUGUGGACGUGUCUUUGUGUGUCAGUAUGUCUAUCAUUGUAUGUGUCUGUGUGUGUCAGUAUGUCUGUCAGUUUAUCUGUCUGUGUACCUGUAUGUUGUCAAUGUGUGUAUCUGUGUGCGUGUAGUCAGUGUGUGGAUCUGCAUGUGUGUCAGUGUGUAUACCUGUGUGUUUGAGCAUCUGAGCAGCAACAUUAAAUACAAACACACUCCUCCAUUCAAACUUUAACAUUACAUACAAACACACUCCUGCAUUGAAAUGUCAACACUACAUACAAACACACCUCUGUGUUAAACACCAAAAUUAUAUAUAAACACACCCCUACAUUAAACAAACACUACGCAUAAAUCAAACUCUAACACCACAUACACAUUCACACAAACAUACUCCAUACAAAAACAUGCUUAUAUUCAAACACACAAACACAGUGCUAAAUACAACCAUGCAAGCUUGGGAAAUUGUUAGUGCCCCAGCUGUCAAAAGCAUUGUUGGAUUUGCUGGACAGAUAGGGUUCUACCUUUUGUCCUCCCUGGUGUAAGGUGUGAUUGCAUGCCGCGGAGUGGGUCCAGGGGACCCAAGCAAAUCAUUGUCCAGGCUCCAAUCAAUAUUAAAGAUGGCCCUGCAAGUGUAUCUGAGUAUUGAUGAUGUUCUGCAGGCUUUAAAGGGUGGUCAAAAAAUUUGAUUUAGAUUUUUCAUAUGUUCACUCACUUUGCAUUUUCUUAACGGAUAAAAAAAAUAAACAAUUACAAUUUCUAUUUUUGAAAGCAUUCUUACAGUACAUCAUUUUUAACCUUAAAUAUUUGAGUAUUCAUUAGCAUUAUUUUACUCUUGCUUGUUUAUCAUCUAGCUCUGGAUUUUUUCUCCGCAGAUAUAUAAACUCAGGAGGUCUAGAGACCUCUCGGACUGGAAAGCUAUGUCACCCAAAUCAGAGUACAUAUAUUUUUGCCACUGUCCCAGAAUGUUUCAGUGAGUGCCUGUGACACCAUAUGCGCAUAUCGUGUCACAAUAUAUUUAUUAUACAAUUUCUCCCAGAAAGUAAUCCUUUCAAUUGGUCUUAUCAAGAUUUGGCAGCAAAAAGCAUGGUCUUUUUUUUUUUGUGGCCAGACAACAGUGUAAGGCGUAUCGAUACCUCUUUCCUCCCGGGGCAGUCUCUGACUUUACCACUCCUCUCAGCCUUGCCUCAUCACUAAGGCAAAUACAGGGAGCAGGGAUAUGAGGUGAUUUAUAUCCCAUCCACACAGACUGCGGCAUGCUCCAGAGCCGGUGACCGGACGGAGAUGCUGGCAAAGCUUGGCCAGGGUAAAUGAAUUGACCGUCAGGAAAGGAGUACUGUGUGCUCCUCUACUGCCAGUCAAUUGGGUGAUAAUGGCUGGGAAAAGUGUUAUUGCAGGGUUGUACUUAGGACUGAGCAGUGUUUGUAUGCCUGAAUGUAAGCAUGUUUUUAUGGAGUAUGUGUGUUACAUAGUUACAUAGCUGAAAAGAGACUUGCGUCCAUCAAGUUCAGCCUUCCUCACAUAUGUUUAUGCUGUUGAUCCAAAAGAAUGCAAAAAAUCUUGUCUGAAGUGCUUCCAAUUUUGCAACAAACUAGGAAAAAAUUCCUUCUUGACCCCAAAAUAGCAGUUAGAUGUCUCCUUGGAUCAAGCAGCCAUUACCCCACUAAUUAGAAAUUCUAACCCUGUAUGUGUAUGAAUGUAGGGGUAUAGUGCUGUGUGUUUUUAUGCACUUUUGCCAUUUGAAAGCAGUGUAUUACUUGUGUGUAGUGUUUUUUUGAAUAUAGGGGUGUGUCUGUAUGUAGUGUCGACAUUUGAAUGCAGGGGUGGAAUUUGUGUAGUGUUGGCGUUUGAAUGCUGAGAUGUAUGCACAAACUCACACUAACACAGAUACACAGAAUGACACACAGAUACACAGGGGCACGCACACCGACACACAUGCAGAUACACAGACACACAUACAGACUUAUGCAGAUACGCAGACACACAGGUAUACAUAUACAAACAGAUACAGACAAACAAAUGCACACAAAGAGAAAGAGACCCAUACAAACAGACACCCAGACACACGGGUACAAAUACAGACACACUGAUACACAUACAAACAAGCAGACACACAAACAGACCGAUAAACUGACACACAGAUAGAUACACAUACAGACACAUGCAAAUACACAGAUACACACACUUGCACACAGAUACACAGACACACAGUUAAACAAACAGAAACACAUACAGACACACAAAUAAACACUAAGAUAAACACAAACAGACACACAUGCAAAUUGAACAUUAUUUAGCUACCCUAGCUCCAGUUUACUACUUUCAGGGUAGUUCCUGGGAUAAGGUACACCACUGGUUUUAUUGGCUGGGCCAAGAUAUUCAUUGUGGGCCCCAUGUGGCCCGCAAGUUUGGCAUGCUUGCUGUAGGGUCUUUGCACUAUUUUACAUGGUUCUUGCUCUCUGUAAAUGUCUAUGGCAGCUUCAGUACUUUUUUUGAAGGCAGUAGUAUAUUUUGUAAUGGAAAAUAAGAGAAAAGUAAGCAGAGUACUCACCUUUUGCAUGCUUUUUUUUUUCACAAUCUGUGCUUUUUACUUCCUGAUCUAAAUUCUCAUGAUAAUAUACCCUUUGUAUGUACAUAUAUAUAUUGUUAUUAUUAUUAGCAUUUUUUAAAAUUGUUCACAGUGGAUUGAUAUUAACAUGUUCUCUUUGCAUUUCAGAGGGACUCAGUAUAAAGGUUUUUCUCCGUGGCCGUCCAAUAACUAUGUACAUACCAUCCAAUAUUCCAAACCAUGAUGACCAGAAGCCAGAACUUCCUAGUGAGAAACUGCAGUUGGAGUGGGUGUAUCCUUAAAUCAGAUCUGUCUCCGCCUCUUUUUGAUAUAUGUUCUUCAGUGUCAUUUUUUGUCCCGGUAGACUUUUUGAUUUCUGAUUUCGCAUCUCUUAACUCUCUUAACUCUCUAUCUAUGAUUUUUGACCAGUGUGGUCUCCUUGACCUUCUACUCAGUUAUGGUUGCCGUGGGCGUGACAACCGGUGUACUCUUCGUGUUCUGCAGUCUGGGGAGGUUAUUUAUUUCACUGCUUGUGUCAUUGUCCUCUGUGAUGUAGCGAAUGGAACCCAAAGACACUUCCUGCGUCACACUGACUGCGUUCGUUGGUAAGUAACCUAAAGUUACUUAAUGGAAGUAGAAUAAAGAGGAAAUACCCCAUAGGAGGAGAAGCACUGCUAAGGUUAUGGGCAGGUGACAGCCAUAGAUAUAACUGAGAGAGAAUAUAUAAUAUGGAAUGUUUAAAAUUAAUGCAGCUUUUUUAAAUAACAUAUCCUCUCUGAUCUCUUCUUUAUUAUUAACAUUUUGUCCUCCCCUCAUACAGUUUGGCAGUUCAUCCUGAUGGAGUCAGAGUGGCUUCAGGACAAACGGCUGGAGUGGACAAGGAUGGUAAGGUAAGGAAAAGAGGAACUGAUGUAUUAACUGAUAUUAACAUGUGAAUGGAUUUAUUUGAAUAUUUGAAUUUAAAUGUAAGUAAUUAUUGGACAUUUUUCUUUUCUUUUUUUUUACUGGAGUGGACAUUAAAAAUCUUUACUAAAAUAAAAAUACUCAUAUUUUGACAUUCCUUCACUUAAUUCAAAUCUGCAAAAUGUGCAGGUUUUUACAAACCCAGUCCCAGUGCUCCCUUUCUUUUCGUAACAUGGGCUUUGGGAGUUGUAGUAUAGCAACGAAAAGCUGCACAACUCUCAAUUAGUUUGAUUUAUAAAAAACACGAAUAAUGCUAUUUGCACAAUGUAAUAGAAGCCAGGUGCCAAUUAUUCCUUUUUUUUAUGAUAGUAAAUUUCAGCUAGGUCUGCUUAUACAUCUUGCUGCUUUCCAUUGAAACAGCUUGCGAGACAGACCCAUUGCCUUUAUUGAUUAAAUGAACACUAUAGUAUUCCUAACACUUUAAUGUCCCUCUGUUCCCACGGUUAAAAAACACUUACCUGAUUCCAGCACUAGAUUGCUCUCCAUCUCCUCUGCAAGUGCCGGGCUCGCAUUCGGCCUUUCCCAUUGGGCAUUGGGAAAGCAUUGAAUAAAGACACUGCAUGUCCUCAUGCAAAGCGUGAGGACGUCCAAUGUUGUUUCAGAGAGUUACAGCCAAGAAGCGGCUCCAGUGGCUGUCUGGUAGACAACCAAUAGAAGCAGUUUUAACCCUUUAAAAUAAACAUUGCAAUUUCUCUAAAAUAGGGGGACAUUGACACUGCACCCAGAUCACUUCAAUGAGAUGAAGUGGUCUGGGUGCCUAUAGUGUAACCUGUGGCUUUAUUUUGAAUUUUUGUUUUCAUGUUGUGGUAGUUUUGGUGUUAACACCACAAAAUAUAAGGCGGAGUAUCUUACAUGCACUUUCUUAGUAGUCCUUUGCAUAGGUACAUUUCUUAUGGUAUGCUCUAAAGAAAGUAAAAUAGCAAAAAGAUAGUGCAAUAUUGCUAGUACUCUUAUUUUUGUAAGUCCAAUCAAGUCUUUAUAAAUGCACAUUCACAAAGGUGGAGCCACUAAAGAUUGGGCUCAAGUUGUUCACUUUAUGGGAUGUAAAGGGUCCCACUCCCUCCUCUGUGCUUCAGGUUCCUUAUGCAGGGUAAUCACAGGUUCACAGGCAAAAUAUAAUAAAAUUACAUUUAUUAAUAUAAACAAAAUAAAAAGAAUAAUAUUAAAAGACCUUACAAGCUCUGUUGAAUAGUCUUAGUAGCAAAACGCGUUUCGCCCCUUCAUGGGGCUUCCUCAGUUGCUGUAAAUCUUCAUAGAUGACUCUUCAUUUUUAAAAGCCAUUUACUGCCGCUUUUUUUCCUCUCUCUCUUCAUUUCCGGUUCGCCGGACUUCCGGUUUCCGGUCCUUGCGUUCCACCCUUGGAACGCACAGCCGCCAUGUGUAGCUUUCUUAUGAAGUGCCGAUCUCUUUUCAUCCAGGCUUUUGCGUUCCACAAUUGGAACGCAAUACAGGAUUCCCCCAAAGUCUUUUGUUUAGAACAUUUUUCACAUGUUGUUUGUUGUUUAAUUCUUUAGUUGGUUUUAUGGCUAAUUCUUAUGUAAAAGCAUAUGAUGUACACAGAACUCAAUGUAUAAAACAAUAAAAAAGGAAUGUAAUUUCUAUUUAUAAUAUAAGAAGAAGAAGUGCUAGUACAAAUUACAAAAUAUAUAUAUAUAUAAAUAUAGAGAAAAAUAUGUAUGCAUAAAAAAGGAGGAAUAUAUUUACAUACACACCACUGGUUAUAGAGGUAAUGUCUAAAUGUACAUCAGACUCCUCAUCUCUCUAAAAGGACAAUAUUUCAGCUAAAAUAUGGCAGAAUUCUUAAAUGUAAACCUCUAUGUUAUAGCAUAUAGGUAUAAUAAAAAAGUAUAUAAAAUACAAUCACUCAUAAAAAAAAAAAAAAAAAAUAUUUAAUUAAAAGUAUCGCUAAAAAUGACAUAUCUCAAAAUCAGUAUUAAGACCAUACGGGGCUAGGGAAUUGAAUUCGAAGAUACACUUCAUUUCUUCUUUUCCUAAUUUUCGAAUAUAAUCUCCUCCCCUCCAGUCCCUCUUGACCUCUUUAAUAGCACAAAAGAAUAAAUUGCUUGGAUUUUGAUCGUGCACUUCUUUAAAAUGGAGCGGAACACUAUGUGUCUCCAGCCCAUUUCUGAUGUUCCUGAUGUGUUCCGCAAUUCUUACUUUCAGUGGUCUAAUUGUUCUGCCUAUAUAUAAUAGGUCACAUGGGCACUUCAAAAUGUAUAUAAUUCCCUUUGUGUGACAAGUUAGAUGGUCCUUUAUACAGUAGGGUUUUUUUACAAUGUGUCCUAUGUCUUUCAAAUGUCUUUUUUUGCUAUUAGUUGUUCUACAGGGUAGACAAGUCCCACAUCCAUAAAAACCUUUUAAAUCCUCUAAAAAAUGACUAGGUUUUUUAGGGCUAAGGCAACUCUUAACUAAAAUGUUCUUAAAAUUCUUUGCGCCUCUAUAAAUGAUUUUGGGUUCCGGCUGUAAAACCUUAUUGAGAAUAGGAUCAUCUUGUAACAAAUGCCAGUGUUUUUUAAUUAUUUUCCUUAUUUGUUUAUUCCGUCCAUUAUAAUUGCAAAUGAAGGGUAUAUUGAAAAAUGUUCUAAACAAAAGACUUUGGGGGAAUCCUGUAUUGCGUUCCAAUUGUGGAACGCAAAAGCCUGGAUGAAAAGAGAUCGGCACUUCAUAAGAAAGCUACACAUGGCGGCUGUGCGUUCCAAGGGUGGAACGCAAGGACCGGAAACCGGAAGUCCGGCGAACCGGAAAUGAAGAGAGAGAGGAAAAAAAGCGGCAGUAAAUGGCUUUUAAAAAUGAAGAGUCAUCUAUGAAGAUUUACAGCAACUGAGGAAGCCCCAUGAAGGGGCGAAACGCGUUUUGCUACUAAGACUAUUCAACAGAGCUUGUAAGGUCUUUUAAUAUUAUUCUUUUUAUUUUGUUUAUAUUAAUAAAUGUAAUUUUAUUAUAUUUUGCCUGUGAACCUGUGAUUACCCUGCAUAAGGAACCUGAAGCACAGAGGAGGGAGUGGGACCCUUUACAUCCCAUAAAGUGAACAACUUGAGCCCAAUCUUUAGUGGCUCCACCUUUGUGAGUGUGCAUUUAUAAAGACUUGAUUGGACUUACAAAAAUAAGAGUACUAGCAAUAUUGCACUAUCUUUUUGCUAUUUUACUUUCUUUAGAGCAUACCAUAAGAAAUGUACCUAUGCAAAGGACUACUAAGAAAGUGCAUGUAAGAUACUCCGCCUUAUAUUUUGUGGUGUUUGUAUCUCUUUUUUGGUGAAGGUUAAGGGAACCUCACCAGGGUGUUAGAGUCUCUUACACAGUUGCACGUAGCACACAUUGGGUCACUGUUAUUUAUCUUUGUAUUACUGUUUGUAUUUCCCUUUCAGAGGACCCAGUGAGCUAUAUUGAACAAUAUGUCAUUUCUUGAAAACAGAAAUUAUAGAACAAGUAACAUUGAUAUAUGCUUUGAUAGAGGUAUAGAAAGGCAAGGAGCCCCAAACCUCAAUGGUAAAAACCAAUUUAGAUAUAAUUUGGAAAAUGCCUUAAUAAAGGAAAUGAAAACAAAGUGGGAGAUAGCCACUCUCAAAAAAUAUGUUAGGGAUCAGAUCACCCCAAGGGGUCUUAGAUUCUUCAAAGACCCUAGUUUUGAUAAAGAUGAUCCUCACUUUAUGGUAGGAUGGAACAAAUUACUAGAUGGUUUUUCUUUUAGUACUAUGGGCUAUAUAGUGGCGAGAAGGGAGGAGAAUUUACCUAAGCUCGAUGAAGAGAUUAAUAAAUGGAAAAACCUUUUGAUCGAAUCCACAAGCCCUGAUAUCUAUAACAGUAUUUUAAGGGAAAUUAGAGAGAAAGUAGAUAGGAUAGAAACAGAGAUUAUAGAUAUCAAAAGAAGUAAAUAUCAGAGGGAUAUAAAUGACUAUGAAACAGGAAAUGUGAGGAAUCCUAAACAAAAAGAAAAUAUCAAUAACAAUAAAAAUAAGGACAGAAAAAGGAACUAUAGAGGAAAAUUCCACCAAAACGGAUAUAAUACACAGAUGUGGAAACAAAAAAAUCAGGAGAGACCGACAUAUAGGGCUUCGAACAAUAGAGAGAGGGAAUUCAGAAGAGACGAUAGGGGAUUUCCUCAUAAAUUCUCACCGAAGAGAAGCUCUAUAAGGUUAGAGGGAGAUAUCAAUAGGAAGAGAUCUAACUCACGAUUCAUUUCAGAGUCACAGAAUCCACCUAUCACACCCAUUAGGGGAGAACUACAGUACACAACGGCAGUAGGACAUCAUAAGAAUGGAGAUCAUAUCAACACACAAGAAAUAGGGAGACAUUAUCAUGCCACCAAAUCUAGAAUGUAUAGUGAUGUGGUAAAAGAAGGCCCACACCAUUAUCAGAAAACACAUCAAACAGGGAAAAUAGUGAGUUCAAGACAGUACAAUAGUGACAGAUUAGAACCUACUCUGACAAGGAAUAGAAGUAUAAGCAAAUCUUUACCUCCAGACACUCCCCCGUCACCUUCUUUUUUUCGGAGGGAUUUGAUACAGAACAGAAGGAAAUGGACGAACGAUAUACAAUUAUGGGACACACAGGGAAAGAGACAAAGAUCAAUAGAAGAAGAAGAAGAAAGAGAAGAGAUAGGAAGGAGCCACAGAGAGAAGAGGGGGAAGACAUCGAUCUAAAAGGAAUUUUUAAUGUUGCAGAUGAACCACUUACGAAAGAACAAAUAAACAUUUUUAAAAAGGGCUUAAAGUUUGCCCCAACUGCGGAUUUUAAUGCUUUUAAUUUUUUUUAUAGAUAUGAACCAUUUUAUAAGGAAAUUAUGUUUAAAGAAAUUCUUUUAUAAAAGGACAGAGCAGACGUCCAAAGAAAAGGAAAGUAUAGAUGAAUACCAACAUACAUCACUUAAAGAAAAAUCACAAUUUUUUCCACGUCAUCUCAUUUCCCAUGAGAUAAAAACUUUUGAAAAAAUGGUUAUGAAGGAAGUAAAGAAAUACAAAAAAGAGAAUAAGUACCAACAAAAUUUAACAGUAGGAGAAAAGAAAGCACUAAAGGAAAUAAGAGACAAUCCCAACCUGAUAAUCAAACCAGCAGAUAAGGGAGGGGGAAUCGUGAUGUUCAACAGACCUCAGUACUUGAAGGAAGCUAAAAGGAUUCUAUCAGAUUCUACAACGUACAAAAAACUUACAUAUAAUCCCCUUAAACAGACUAUAAAUGCAUUUAAGAAAUAUGUAGAAAAAGGGAAGGAUUUAAAGAUACUUAAUGAAAAAGAAGCUGGAUACUUAUUUGUAACUUAUCCUAAAAUUCCAGUUUUUUAUCACCUCCCGAAAGUGCAUAAAAACAUCACGGAGCCCCCCGGCAGACCCAUAAUAUCAGGAAUAGAUUCUGUCUCCACAAGAGUGUCGGAAUAUAUAGACACUCUCCUACAGCCGUUAGUUUUGGCAACUCCGUCGUACCUUAAGGAUACAAUCCAUAUGUUACAAAUUUUGGAAGAUACAGUUUGGCAGCAAGGUUACUUAUUAGUAACCUGCGAUGUCACUUCCUUAUACACCAUAAUACCUCAUGAGAAAGGGAUGGCAGCAGUACGGCACUUUCUGUCCAAAUCAGAUUUUAAGGGUGAACAGAUAGAUUUUAUUCUAGAGGGCAUUCUUUUAAUUCUGACAAACAAUUUUUUUUGGUUUGAGAACGAAUUUUAUCUUCAGAUCUGUGGAACGGCGAUGGGCACCAAGUUUGCCCCCAGCUACGCCAACCUUUUCAUGGCAUUUUGGGAAGAAGCUUUUGUAACCAAGGGCCAUGAGUGGGGGGCAUAUUUGGUGUCCUAUCGCCGGUACAUAGACGACAUAUUUUUUAUUUGGACAGGUAACCAUGAUCAACUGAAUGAUUUUAUUACGUAUUUAAAUUCAAACGAUUGGGGGAUUCAUCUAACAAGCUGUAUUAGUGAAGUGAAAAUAAACUUUUUGGAUUUGUAUAUAUAUAUAGAGGAUGAUAAGAUCAAUACAAAAAAAUUUUUUAAACCAGUGGAUGCCAACGGGUAUAUAGAAAGAAACAGUUGCCAUUACAACCCGUGGCUAGAGAAUGCGCCGAGAGGCCAAUUCCUACGGAUUCGAAGGAAUUGUAAAAAAGAAUCCGAUUAUAUAGAACAAACCGAGUAUAUUAAACAACAAUUUAUAGAAAAGGGAUAUAACAAAGAAAUUUUAGAGAAAAAUAUUAAAGAAGUAAAAGAAAUACCAAGAAAGGAGCUUAUAAAAUAUAAACCUAAAAAAGAGCAAGGAAAUAGUAACAAUAUACCCUUCAUUUGCAAUUAUAAUGGACGGAAUAAACAAAUAAGGAAAAUAAUUAAAAAACACUGGCAUUUGUUACAAGAUGAUCCUAUUCUCAAUAAGGUUUUACAGCCGGAACCCAAAAUCAUUUAUAGAGGCGCAAAGAAUUUUAAGAACAUUUUAGUUAAGAGUUGCCUUAGCCCUAAAAAACCUAGUCAUUUUUUAGAGGAUUUAAAAGGUUUUUAUGGAUGUGGGACUUGUCUACCCUGUAGAACAACUAAUAGCAAAAAAAGACAUUUGAAAGACAUAGGACACAUUGUAAAAAAACCCUACUGUAUAAAGGACCAUCUAACUUGUCACACAAAGGGAAUUAUAUACAUUUUGAAGUGCCCAUGUGACCUAUUAUAUAUAGGCAGAACAAUUAGACCACUGAAAGUAAGAAUUGCGGAACACAUCAGGAACAUCAGAAAUGGGCUGGAGACACAUAGUGUUCCGCUCCAUUUUAAAGAAGUGCACGAUCAAAAUCCAAGCAAUUUAUUCUUUUGUGCUAUUAAAGAGGUCAAGAGGGACUGGAGGGGAGGAGAUUAUAUUCGAAAAUUAGGAAAAGAAGAAAUGAAGUGUAUCUUCGAAUUCAAUUCCCUAGCCCCGUAUGGUCUUAAUACUGAUUUUGAGAUAUGUCAUUUUUAGCGAUACUUUUAAUUAAAUAUUUUUUUUUUUUUUUUUUAUGAGUGAUUGUAUUUUAUAUACUUUUUUAUUAUACCUAUAUGCUAUAACAUAGAGGUUUACAUUUAAGAAUUCUGCCAUAUUUUAGCUGAAAUAUUGUCCUUUUAGAGAGAUGAGGAGUCUGAUGUACAUUUAGACAUUACCUCUAUAACCAGUGGUGUGUAUGUAAAUAUAUUCCUCCUUUUUUAUGCAUACAUAUUUUUCUCUAUAUUUAUAUAUAUAUAUAUUUUGUAAUUUGUACUAGCACUUCUUCUUCUUAUAUUAUAAAUAGAAAUUACAUUCCUUUUUUAUUGUUUUAUACAUUGAGUUCUGUGUACAUCAUAUGCUUUUACAUAAGAAUUAGCCAUAAAACCAACUAAAGAAUUAAACAACAAACAACAUGUGAAAAAUGUUCUAAACAAAAGACUUUGGGGGAAUCCUGUAUUGCGUUCCAAUUGUGGAACGCAAAAGCCUGGAUGAAAAGAGAUCGGCACUUCAUAAGAAAGCUACACAUGGCGGCUGUGCGUUCCAAGGGUGGAACGCAAGGACCGGAAACCGGAAGUCCGGCGAACCGGAAAUGAAGAGAGAGAGGAAAAAAAGCGGCAGUAAAUGGCUUUUAAAAAUGAAGAGUCAUCUAUGAAGAUUUACAGCAACUGAGGAAGCCCCAUGAAGGGGCGAAACGCGUUUUGCUACUAAGACUAUUCAACAGAGCUUGUAAGGUCUUUUAAUAUUAUUCUUUUUAUUUUGUUUAUAUUAAUAAAUGUAAUUUUAUUAUAUUUUGCCUGUGAACCUGUGAUUACCCUGCAUAAGGAACCUGAAGCACAGAGGAGGGAGUGGGACCCUUUACAUCCCAUAAAGUGAACAACUUGAGCCCAAUCUUUAGUGGCUCCACCUUUGUGAGUGUGCAUUUAUAAAGACUUGAUUGGACUUACAAAAAUAAGAGUACUAGCAAUAUUGCACUAUCUUUUUGCUAUUUUACUUUCUUUAGAGCAUACCAUAAGAAAUGUACCUAUGCAAAGGACUACUAAGAAAGUGCAUGUAAGAUACUCCGCCUUAUAUUUUGUGGUGUUUGUAUCUCUUUUUUGGUGAAGGUUAAGGGAACCUCACCAGGGUGUUAGAGUCUCUUACACAGUUGCACGUAGCACACAUUGGGUCACUGUUAUUUAUCUUUGUAUUAUAGUUUUGGUGUUAGCAGGCUAUCAUAGGCACUCGUGAAGCAGCCGCUUGCUCACUAUUUUCAUUCAAGGUUACUUACUAAAGGGAGAAUUGCAGGGAAUUCUAAGUAAAUUCCAAACUGAAGGCCAAAUUAGCCAAACUGAAAACAUAGCUGACUUGGUUAAUUUUUCCAGUUCCAGUUGAAUAAACCUGUUAAUGUGGAAGUUACACCUCCCCAUAAGCAAUAUCAAUUUUGACUUGAUUUCGAUGGUAUUGAUUGUCAAACAGCUUCGACUGACAGUCAGGACCCCAGAUUUAAUGUAGAAGUCACAGGUAAUCCAAUCAAGAUCAUACAGUAAAUACAGUGGGGCAAGUGAAACAAUGCCUGUAUGCAUUUUCAGAGCUCUUAGCUGAGAGUUUGGUAGUUCCACAACAGUCAGGAGGCUAUUUAUUUGUCUUUAACAUAUUGUGUCCCCUGCAAUAAUGUUUUUAAAGAGAUCGCAACACAUAAAGCAGGAAGUGGAUUGUGGGUAUAGUGUUCUGCUAGAUAGCAUGGGCACAACACAUUACUGUGAAAAUCCUGGUUCAGAUUUGGUGUUACAGGUGUUGAUAUUUUAUCUACAAACAUGUCUGUUCUUAGUAUUAUCUCACACAUGCUUUUCCUGUGUGUGUAAAUUUGAUGGUUUUGUGUGGAUAAGAAUCUUGCUGAUAUUACUGAUUCCCAUAUUCCUGUGUUAGAUAUUAGCUAUAGCUUAAAAUUCCUUUUGUUUCUCUUUAAUGGCUGGUCUUACGACUUAAAGAAUUAGGUUAAUUGAUAUUUUUAAGAGAGACCUACUAAGCCAUAAUCUUUCAUGCACCAGACAUAGUUUAAAAUAUCCACCCUCUUCUUCUAUUUUCUUUCCACGUGCACUACACAAACAUUUUAAGCUUAUCGAAGCUCCAUGGGCCACACAUGGGCCCGUGAUGAUGUUUUAAGUGUAAAUAAAUUAACUAUACAUUUCAAGUGACAAGGUGACACAUGCUGCCAUCAGCACAAGGGACAGCAACAGACCAGCUGACAAGCAUCAGAUGGCUAAUAUUAAACCAUUACCACUGCAUGAAUGCAUAACUGUUAAUUUUGUCCCUCUGCUCCUUUGUCUAAUAAGAUGAUAUUGCAUGUAGCAGCUCAUAUGAUGGCUUUUCCAAAUGUUCUCACAAAAACACACACCUAGCAGGAUUGUUAGAUCCCUUUUCUGUUUUUUUGUCAAUCUUUCUUUUAUUAAGGCAUUUGAUUUGGGUGGUACAGAAUAAAGAAAGGGAGAUGAACGAAAUGGACACAAGAUAGGAUUAUCACAUCAUGGUUUUAACAUCUUAACAUCCUUGAUAUGACUGCCUUAUUUUUUUUUAUCAAUUAAGUAAAAUAUAAACAUGCUAAACUGUUGCGUCAAGACUAUGAACAGAUGUAAAGUUUAAACAUUCAAAAUUUUGUUUGCAAGAGUUAAUUAAACAAGGCAUACCAUGGCAUGUAAGAAUUACUCGAUUGGUAAGCAUUUCACACACAUUGAGACAAGAUGCUAUUAUAGAGACAUACUUGUGAGCUACUCUAAAGUAGGCUGAGCUUAUUGAUAGUAUGAUCGACGUAUGUGAUAAAACAAAAAAAUGUACAUAAGUGGAUUUUAAAACAAUAUAAGGUAAAUGCCUAGAGCAUGGGUUGUCAACCUGGUCCCUACCGCCCACUAGUGGGCGUUUCGGGAUUCCAGAUGGGCGGUAGGGACUUUGGAGGUUAAAACCUUCUUUUGAGCGAGCGGGCGCAAGCGAGCGAGCGGGUGCGAGCGCACACAUCAAGAAACCAACGUGCGUGAGAAUGCGUGCGGUAGGAUUUUAAAACCUCCUUUUGAGCGAGUGGGCGGGCGGCGCAGGCGGGCGCGAGCGCACACAUCAAUCAACCUCCUUUUGUGCGAGAAGGGGUCGGGCGGGAGCGAGUGCACGCAAACACGUGGGAAGAGGAAGGGGAGGAGUGGAAAUUCAUAGCAGGGACAGGCAGAAGCAGGCAGAAACGGAGCAGAGCAGUUGCAAAAGAAAAGUUAUAGGCAGGAGAAAGAGAAUUGUUGGCUAAUAAUAAUAAGUGGGCUAACUAGCUCAGCCUUACUUUUGUACCUCAGGAAGGUAAAAGAAAGGAGAUAAAAAGGAAAAGAUAAAAAAAAAAUAACAAAAAAAAGGAAGAAAAAUAGAGAAAAUGGGAUAAAAUAAAGGAGGAGAGUAAGCAGUGUUUAGUCUGGCUCAUAAAUUAAGUUUUGUUAUCUUAUAAAAUAAAAGAAAAAAAUAAGUAAGGGAAGAAGAAAAUAAAAAAAAAGGAAAAAGAGAUCCUUGAUAUAGUGAUAUAGUAUAAGAAAGGUAAAGAAGCAGGCAGGAAAAGGAAUUUCUUUUGAUGGUGACAUUUAAUAAAUGCAUUGUUUUUGGUAUUAGUAAUAAAAGGGAAAAGAGGAGGGAAAAAAACACUGUGUGGAGUGCAGAUCAAAACAUAAGAGUAAAAGUAGUUGUUAAAUUGUGAAACAAAUUUAUUGUAAAUCUUUUUAUUGAGGAAAAAGAGUUAGGCUCGCAGGCCUCGGUGGAUAGCAUUAAUAAUUGUUAUAACAUAUGUCAGUCUUCAAAACAAUAUAUUGGGAGUUUCCCAAAACUUCAAGGCAAUUACAUUCCAUUCUCAAUUUAAGGCUUAAUCAGCGUACAUGUUAUUUGCAUACAUACAAUAAAAGAGAACCCUUUUUAGUAUUUGCUUGCAGGAUAGUAUUUAGUGUGUUUGUGUGGGGCAUGUUCCUCCUUCGAUGCUCUAACCUCUAGAUAUAGGCGAGCAAAUAUUGCUUUCAUUCGUCAGGUUGGUGACUUAUAUCCCUGAGAGACAUACGGGAGUAACAAAAAAUAUAUAACGUGUUAUAAGGUGGAAAAGAAGAGGGUUAAGGGAUGAUGUGUAUGUGUGAGGAUAGUUCUCCCCGGUGUCCACACUCCCCCCCCCACCCGCAACGGGUCCUGAGCUUGGGCGUGAUGGUCAGGUUUUUGUCAGGUCCUGUCCUAGCGGCUUGCUGUGGUACGUUGGUCAUGUAUUGUGAACCUAUGUUGUGUUAUUGUCUCAGUGGAUUCAUCUAGUGGUCGACUCUAUACUGUGUGUUGGGUCCGUCCCUUCAGGCUCCAUCUCCUACAUUGCACAGCCGUGUGAUGUGUCUUAUAUGCUGUAGUUCAGUCUAUCAUGUGCGUCGAUUGGUCGUGUGUGUGUCGGUAGGUAUUUCAUGAUAUCACAGUAUCGGUUUUCUAGCGUGCGCGAGCAUAAGUUCGGGUCAAUAAGGGAUCGUAUGUUACUACGGACCAUAACCCCUCCCAAGAUGAAUUAUCCGGCACCUGAGGGUGAGUUCGGCCAACAGAGGUGACCAGUCCCAGCUUGUCCGCCCCGCUCCCCCGCCCCCACAUGGACCCUUUAUCUGUCCGCCUGGUAUGAGAACCAGGGUUGCCAUGUCUCCGCGUGCUUUGUCGAGCGUCCCGCCAGAGAUGCCCGCACCGCCUCGGCCGCCUGGAUGUCCUUGACCCUAUGGAUCCAUUCUUCUAUCGUGGGAACGGUUGCCUUCUUCCAAUAUACUGGGAUUAAGGAUUUGGCAGCAUUUAAGAGAUGGCGUAGAAUUGAUUUCUUGUAUCUAGGGAUAUUUUGUGUGGUAAUAUGUAGUAGGGCCAAUUCUCGGGACCAUUCCGUGUCAUCCCCCAAGAUCUCCUUUAUUGUGGCGUGGAUAUGGUCCCAGUAGUGUGCGAUGGUAUGGCAUUCCCACCAUAAAUGUACUAUGGUACCUCUCGCGUCUUGACAUCUCCAGCAGAGUGGGGACGCCUCUGGGUAGAUUUUCUGUAUGGCUACCGGGGUUUUAUACCACAUGGAGAUCAGUUUAUAAUUGACCUCCUGAUAGUAGGAGCUUGAGGAGCUUUUGUGCUGCCAGAGGAGUGCUGUCCCCCAUUGCGUUGGUGUAAUGGCAAUAUCUAGUUGUGUUUCCCAUCGUCUUUGAAAUGUAUUGUUAUCCGAAGAGGCCCCAAUCAGUAGAUGUUGAUAGAGCAUCGAUAUCGCGUUCUCGAGUUUAGAACCUCUGCGGCAUAUGCUUUCGAACCAUGUAAGGUCUCUGUGUAGGAGGUCCUUGUGGGGUAAGGAUUCGUAGUAAUGUGAUAGUUGUAGAUAAUGGAGGGUCAGGAGGGGAGUCUGCGGUCUUCCAGCUAAUAGUGAGCUGAGGGACCUUAUCCGACCUUCCUCCAGGAUCGUGCAUAUUGGGAUAUAUUCUCUUUCCCCUAAAAAGGCCCAGGUCCUAAAGGGGAGUCCUCCCCCUAUAUUGGGGUUGUGUGUGAUUGAGAUCAUAGGGCUGGGGGUCGGAGAGACCUGCUCCAUCUUCCUAAUUGAUUUCCAGAUCUUCAGAGUCUGUGCCACCGGAUUGCCGUCCUCUUCUGAUCCACACCGACCUUUCGCCUCCCUCCAUACGUCUGCUUUAAGUUUGGUCCCCGCGUCUUCUCUGUCCAGAGUUACCCACUGUUUCGGGUCCUCUGCUGCGUGCCACUCCAGGAUACGUUGCAUAGUAGUGGCUUGUUGGUACUUUUUGAAGUCCGGCAGUGCAAGGCCUCCUCUGAUCCUGGGUAGGCAGAGCGUUUCAUGUCGAAGGCGGGAUCUUUCCCCUCUCCAAACAUAUCGGAUGACCGCCGAUUUCAGGCUAGAGAAGAACGUUGUAGGUAGCGAUAUUGGGAUGGUUUGGAAUAAGUAUAAUAUCCGUGGUAGCACGUUCAUCUUGAGGACCGCUAUCCUGCCGUGCCAGGUGAUGUGUGGAUAUGCCCAUCGAUCUAGGUCCGAAGUUACUUGUCGUAGUAUGGUGGCAAAAUUGUGUUGGUACAGGUCGCGUGGGUUGUGUGUUACCCAGAUGCCGAGAUAUUUCAUCUUCCCCUCACAUCUGCGAAAUGGGAAAGCUGCGCUCAGUGUGGCAAAUUCGGUUGGUGGGAAGGUGACGUUAAGGAUCUCACAUUUAGAUAAAUUAAGUUUGAAUCCUGCUAUUUUGCCGAAGUUUUCAAAUUCCCGGAGCAAGCAUGGCAGUGUGAUUCGUGGAUUAGAGACGAAAAAGAGGAGAUCGUCCGCAUAUGCGGCCACUUUGUGUUCCGUCCCUUUCCAUGAAUAGCCCUGGAUGUCAGGGUUCUGUCGUAUUGCCUGUAGGAGCGGUUCCAGAGACAUUGCGAAUAAAAGGGGGGAUAGGGGGCACCCCUGCCUGGUCCCGUUGUGAAUCUCAAAGCUGGUCGUAAGUGCUCCAUUUACCUUAACCGCUGCGCUGGGUUUAUCGUAUAAUGCCGAUAUCCACGACAUCAUCUUCGGUCCCAUUCCCAUGGCCCUCAAUGUCUGCAUCAUGUAAGACCAGUUGACCCGAUCGAAGGCCUUUUCAGCAUCCGUGGAUAGCAGUAUAAGGCGUUCUCGUGAAAUCCGUGCUCGAUGUUGUAUGGAGAAGAGUCGGAGUGUGCUGUCUCGGGCUUCUCUACCAGGUAUAAACCCCGUCUGAUCCGCAUGGACUAUGCUCGGUAGUACUCGUUGUAUUCUGGUGGCCAACACUUUCGUAAGAAGUUUUGAGUCCACGUUUAUUAAGGAAAUUGGCCGGUAACUGCUGCAGUGUUCGGGAUCUUUCCCGGGUUUGAGCAGGACUGCUAUAGUAGCUGCCAGUGAUUCUGUGCCGAAUCGUCCCCCUUCUGUAAUGUUAUUAAAUGCCUUAGUUAGCCAAGGUAAGAGGAUCGAGGAGAAAUGUUUGUAAUAUCCCGCAGAGUAUCCAUCCGGGCCUGGUGCCUUGCCCACCUUCGUGGCCUUCAGGGCCGCCGCCACGUCUUCGACACUAAUUUGUUCGUCUAACAUAUCUGUCGCGUCUAUGUUUGCUCGUCUGCUUACAUUAUCCCGGAGGAAGGCCUGGAUUGAUGCGGGCACGGUGUGUCCUUGCGAUGAUUCCGUCGGCGUAGGAAGGUUAUACAAGGUGUGAUAGUAUCGGCGGAAUUCAUUUGCGAUGUCUUCAGGGAAUGAGGACGUGGAUCCCGAUGGGAGGCGUAUUUUGUGCACCCUCGUGCGGGGGGUGUCGCCCCUCAGGAGGCUUGCCAGAAACUUGCCGCCCUUGUUGGCGUGAGUGUAGAAGAAAUUUUUCGAAUAUUGCAAAGAGCGAUGAUAUUUCCGUGUGAUAAGGUCUCUGAGUUGUCGUCUGGCGUUCGUCAAUUCUGUUUGUGUGGUAUCAAUUUGCAUCCGUUUGUGCUGUUGUUCCAAUUUUGCAAUGGUUUCAUAGACUUCCGUUAAUUCCCGCAUCAUUGCUUUUCUCUUGCGAGAGGCUAUUCUAAUGAGAAUGCCCCGUAUUACGCUUUUGUGUGCCUCCCAGAGUGUAAUUGGCGAGAUCUGGUCCCCAUCAUUUUCUUUGAAAUAUAGUUCCAGUGCCUGCGUGACUUCGUUUAUAACCUCAGGGUCUUGAAGUAGGGACUCAUUCAGUCGCCAGGUCCAGCGAGCUGGUUUGAAUAGAGGUGAUUCCAGUUCCACUAUCGUCGAACCGUGAUCUGACCACGUGGCUGGGCCUAUGGUAGCCGACCUGAGUCGCGACAAUCCUUCCUGUUGUAUCAGUACGUAAUCAAUUCGCGAGUAGCGAUUAUGUAAUGCUGAAAAGUGGGUGUAGUCUCUAGAAUCCGGGUGGAGUGCUCUCCAGCAGUCCACUAAUCCCAUUUCGCUCAGUGAUUUGCGAAUUGAGUGAAUGCUUGAGGCUGGUAAGCUACUAUGGCUUGUUGACGUAUCCAUCUGGGGGUCUAGUGGAGUGUUAAAAUCACCUCCCAUGAUGAUUGCCCCUUCCGCGAAGCCCUUCAGUUUACGCAGAAUUCGUCUGAUGAAUCUGGCCUGGUUUGUGUUGGGAGCAUAAAUUGACACGAAAGUGUAAAGUUUGUCCGCUAUGGUGCCUUUCAGGAAAAGGAACCUCCCCUGCGUGUCGAAUAUCUUGUCUAAUUCCUUGAAGUCCAGAUCAGCUGACAGGAUGAUGGCUACGCCCGCUUUACGAGCCGUGUUGUGGUUGCUGAAGUAAUUGUUGGGGUAGUACCGGUUCCGCAAUUUAGGUGAGAGGCCCUCUAGGAAAUGGGUCUCCUGAAGCAUAGCAACAGAUAUUUGUGUCUUCCUCAAGUCGCGUAGCAGAUGUGUGCGGCGCUCGGGAACAUUCAGUCCCCUGCAGUUGAGGGUAAGGACACGUAGUGGCGCGUCGUGGUAGGACGCGGACAUCUCUGUAGAGCCCCGAGAGCACGCGGAGAGCUUUGCGUUUGAAACUCACUCCCUUCGCUACAGUUAGCUACAGGGACACGUUGAGGUCCAAUCCGUUAUCUUAUGUCUUUUGGCGUUAACGGGAGCGCGGUGCCGGAGAGCUAGACUACGUACCCCCCCACCGGGCUCAGGGUUAUCGGUGCUAGGGUUGUCUUGUAUAUGGGCGACCCCUCCUCCUUUCCUAUGCCCCCCUGUACAGACUGGUUGCAAAUUCGCUACCGCUUUCGCGACAGUCAAGGACUUAUAUGACUGGUGUUUGGAGGGUGUGGUUUCUGUGUGUGGCACUCGUCCCUGUCGGGGAUGGAGAGCGGACACCAGGGAAGUGUGAAUGAUAUAAAAUUAAAAAAAAUAAAAAAUAAAAACUAAGAGAAAAAAUUUUUUUUUGAUUUGGGGGGGAGGGUCGUAAAAUCAGGACCUCAAGUGGAGAGGUUACUCUAUGUGAGGGGACAGGGUGGGUUGAGGAUUUCUCCUCAAUACCUCCUCAGUGUUUGGAGGUAUUAGUCGUGCGACAGCCGGAUCUGCCGGGGGCCACUCCAGUAACCAGACCGGGAUAUGGUCCACCAGAUGCUCCGCUGUCAGAAGAGUUGCACGACCUUUAGGUGGAGUCAAUGGCUCCGCUCCAGACCGGUGUGUGAGAGAGAGAAAUGAGAACGAUACCAAAUGAGGUUCCCCCCCACCAGCACCGCAGCCUAGUGCCAUAUGAAGUUUCUAAGUGUCAAGGCGCCACCCAACAGGGGUGGUACAUGUGAUCAUGAAUACAAUAACAAUUCAACGAUAUAGUAAUACCAUAAUGCGAGUACAACAUGAAGGUUCCUACACAUAUGACUUGUACCUUAUCCCACCUUUUGGACCAAGCCCCGUCCGUUCCCCCCUCCUAGCGUCCUCUGUCUUCCCCCUGCAAUGUGUGGCAGCCGUUGCGUGUCCUCUGAGCAGUCCCCCGUUCAUCAGUCUGAUUGUGCUUGCAUGUCGAUUAUUGCGCCCCCCACCUAAACCCUCCUCUAUCGUUCUGGUCCCCUCAAUUAUCUGUUAAUGGCGGUGUGCCCUAUCAUUCAAUAGUUAGGAUGCCGUCUCCUACGUCAUGGGGCGUUAUAGUAAGUCAGGUCAUCUCACUUAUCUAUGUGUCUGCUAAAGUGGGGGGGAGCACAUAUUCAGGAGGUGCGACAUUCAACAGCUAGUAUAACAUGAGUAUAAUACCAGUAUGAAAUAUAGAGGUUAGGCAUGGCAAUAAACAAUCGUAACCUAUCAUGGAUUUGGUGAAUGAGACCUAGGCGGUGUAUACCGGGUGAUAUCAUCCCAUACCGUGAGUCCACAGCUCAGAUCUGCAGGAGAGUGGUGUAGUCCCUUUGAGUUCAUUUCCAAUAUGAGUGAAAAAGUCUCCUGGGGUCAGUGAUAUAAAACGUGCCUUAUGAGGUUAUAAACAGGACCCACCCCAGUCAAAGAAUCCCCUAUAGCAGCCCACCUCCCAAAUGAGUUUCCGCUGUGUCGUUCACUGGGUCAGAUGUGUUCCCCAGCGCCUCCGUUAGGGGGAGAGACAGUUCCUUUUUUCAACAUGUCUUGAAAACAAAGAGGAUAGAUAGAGCCUCAGACCGACUCUCUGGGAGGGGUAUGGAGUCAGUUAUAGGGAUACAGUCAUGGGAUACCUUUUUUUUUUUUAUUGCCCGGUGUGUAUAUGAGGGACUGCGUCAGUUCCUGUCCUAGCGCCUGUGCAGGUUGGGGUGUCCUCCCCAGUGGGGUGUCCAGGGGGGGGGUAGAGGGACCGCUAGAGGGCUCACCUGUCACUCUGGUGCCUCCGGGUUGAUGCGUCUGCGGGGAGCCGGGCCUCUUGGUGGGUUAUCUCCGCGUCUGCGGGGCGCUCUCUGUUGGCGUGGUCUCCCACCCAGUGGGCCUAGAACCCAAUCUUGGACUGAUAUCGGAGGCAGGUCCAUCUCCUCCAGGAACCGUGGGACCUCCUCAGGCCAGCGGAUCGACACCCAUCCAUUCUGGUUGCGCGCCAGCAGGGCAAAGGGGAAGCCCCACCUGUAAGGAAUAUUCCGCUCCUGCAGGGCUGUGGUUAUGGGCUUUAACGCUCUCCUGGCUUCAAGCGUGAUGGGCGAGAGGUCACUAUAUAGAGACACUGAGGUCCCUUGAAAAUCCCAGGUUGGGCGGGAACGGGCCGCUUUCAUGAUAGCGUCCUUAUCUCUAAAAGAGUGGAGGCAGCAAAUCAAAUCCCGUGGGCCUUCUUCCUGGGACCGGGGACGUAGAGCUCUAUGUGCGCGUUCAAAUUUGAGAGUCUGGGGUGCUUCCUCUCCCAAUAUCAUAGGAAUAGGUUAGAUAAAAUGUCUGCCGCAUUUUCCUCCCUACCCUCAGCUUCAGGGACCCCACGGACCCUAAUGUUACAUCUGCGCCCCCUGUUAUCUAGGUCUUCAACUGACCUUCUCAUGUGGAGUAACAGCUCCCCUUGACGCGUGAGUGCUGUGUCUGUUGCUUGGUGUCUCGCAGCAUGAGCCCCCUGUGUGCGUUCCAGUUCCUGGAUGCGGCCCGCUUGCGCAGUUACCUCCGUCCGGAGCCCUGCCAUCUCAGCUCUCAGAGCGUCCUGUAUGGUGGUAGUCAGGACUAGUAAGUCAGCUUUCGUGGCCAUUGCAGUUGCCAUAUUUCGGAGUUCUUCUCCAAUCUUUUCCAGUGCAGCACCAUGUGGUUCCCUGGGGGAUGAUGCCGUCGGCGCCAUAUUGGAUCCGCUUGUUCCCUCUGUCGCAUCAGGCUGGGUCUGGAGGAACCCGUCCAUCGGGCCGUGUGUCUGGCCCAGCUGUGUACCCCUCGGGGUUUGGGGGGUCUCGGUGCGUCGGUGGCGCCCCAUAGACGCUAGUGUUUGCUGUUUAUUAGGCUGUUUACGGCGCCGGUGGAGCGGAGCUCUCAAAUCACGCGUCCAUCCCGGUCAGAGCUUAAGCCACGCCCCCGUGAAACAAAUUUAUAACCCAUGUCUGAAAAAAAGAAAUAUGCUCGUGGCUAUUUACCAGAGUAUCUGAAGAUGGGUUUCAUUGAAUCUGUUACAAAUAAACAGCUUCCAAUGUGUUUACUGUGCCACAAGACAUUAUCUAAUGAAGCAAUGAAGCCAAGUCGAUUGCGAGAACAUCUUGCUACAAAGCAUUCGCAAGAUAAAGAUAAGCCCAUUGAAUAUUUUCAAGAAAUCUAUAAAAGAUUUCAAAAUUGUUCAACAAUAGCUACAUCCUUUCAAAAACAACAUGCAAAGAAUGAGGAUGGAUUAACUGCAGCUUAUCGUAUAUCACACUUAAUUGCAAAAAGUGGUAAAAGCCAUAAUAUUGGAGAAACUUUGGUAAUACCCUCUAUCAAAGAAUUUAUCUCAACAGUAAUGCAUCAGGAUAUACCUGAAGUUUUAAAAACAUUGCCCCUUAGCGAUAACACAGUAAAGAGACGCAUUGAUGAAAUGGCGGCUAAUGUUGAAAAUAAACUUAUAGGUAUUCUCCAAAAUUCGUCAUUUUCUAUACAAUUGGAUGAGUCUGCCAUUGCAGAUAAUAAUGCUCUACUGAUGACAUGUACGGUAGCUUGAUGAAAACAAUACAUUGCAAGAAGAAAUGCUAUUCACUGUCAAUCUGAUUACAGAUACAAAAGGAUUAUCAAUAUUUAAUGCUGUGAACUCAUACUUUGCAAAAAACAAUAUACCCUUGAACAAUAUUGUUGCAUGUGCUACUGAUGGAGCACCAUCAAUGGUAGGCCGCUAUCGUGGGUUUGUUGCUUACUUGAAGGAAGAAAUGCCAAACGUAUUGUGUUGUGCACAGACAACAUAUUGUAGGAAAACAUUUAAGUACAAGUCUCCAUUCAUCAUUAAGUAUUAUAAUUAAAGCUGUAAAUAAGGUCAAAUCUAAUGCCAAGUGUGAUAGAAUGUUUCGACAGCUGUGCCAGGACAAUAACGAGCAGUUUAUUAUGUUACUUUUACAUACAGAAGUUCGAUGGCUUUCAAAGGGUACAUGCUUGACUUGUUUUGUUGCAUUAUUUGAUAGUGUCGUACAGUUUUUUGAAAGUGAUAAUGAGGCUGGUCUCUAUGAACAGUUAAAAAACGUAAAGAAUGAUGCCUUUUAUUUGGCAAACAUUUUCAAGAGAUUUAAUGAAAUUAAUUUGCAGCUUCAAGGAGCUAAUAUAACUCUUAUAAGUUGCAAAAAUAUUGUGUCAUUAUUUAUCAAAAAGCUUGAUCUUCUCCGUCAUAAUAUUUUCAAGAGAGAAUUUCAUCAGUUUCCUGAAUUGUCCUCUAUAAACAAUGAUGUAACUCCGGGGGAUAUUGAAAGGUUCAGUAGCCACCUCAAGGAACUCAAAUUGGAUAUGGAAAAACGAUUUCAAGAUAUUUUGAACUUAAAGGUGCAUGACUGGAUGAUAAAUCCUUUUACAGCAAAUGUUGCUGAAGUUGAUAUAACUUGCCAAGAAGAACUAUUAGAACUUAAAUAUGACGAAGAGAGUAAAUGUAAUUUUGGCAGUGGUGGAUACCAAAAACUCUGGCAAAAUAAAAAAAUGCCUGCGUUAUAUCCAAAUAUGUGGAAAAUGAUGUUCAAUUUAUUGAUACCUUUCCCUACCACUUUAGUGCUGUUAAUCAUAUUAUGAGCAAACAGAGAAACCGGCUGAAUAUCACCGAAAGAGGAGACCUUCGUUUGUUCCUUACGAAAAUCAAACCAGAUUUCAAAUAUUUAGUCUCGCAGCAUCAGCCUCAAGGAUCUCACUAGUAAAGCUUUCAAUUUACUUUAUUGUUUUCUAAUUAAACUUUUUAAAGUUAAAAACAUUAUAAACAUGCAUAAAGUAGAAAUAAAAAGAUAAAUGUACGUAGUGGGCGGUAGGUAGAAAAAGGUUGACUACCACUGGUCUAGAGUAACUAACUAGGCUAAGUAUUAGUAGUGAAACCGGCAAGAUAGUGUGACCACGAACUACCCCACUGUCUCAGCACAAAACCAAGUAAUUGUAUCACGAGAGGCAGUAAAAUGAAUACUGUGAUUAUUAUGCGCUCAUCAGUGUGGAAAAACAUUAACUUUCAGGCGGGAGACAGUCUGGCAGGCCAUUAGGUGGUUUCCAACAGUGUGCCCGAUGUGGGAAGUUCCCUCUCAAACAAUGUCCCGACUUAGAGGAAGGGAAAGGUAGGUGAGCAGCACUGUGAGACAGGAGUCAGGUAGAGCCCACCCUCAGCCCCAAGCCUUGAUGAGGGCCUGCAUUUCUGAUCCACAAAGUAUAGUAUUCCUAACACUUUAGUGGUGAGUCCAAGCUCUUUAGUUGGUGAGUCCAAGCUCUUCCCUAUCAGGAUACGGCAGAAGCUCCUGGUGGGUUGUCGCUGCCAGCGGCGCUGGUUCUUCUGCGUUGGUGGUCGAUGCGGCGGGAGUAUUUCCCGUCUGGCUGUCAUCAUGGGUAGGUCCAUGCUGGGAGACUUUGGUGCAUGCAAGGAAGUUGUGCCCGGAUGGGCCCUCUCUCCUCCCUCACCACCCCUCUCCAUUCUUUCUGUUAAGGUUGAGUUGAUGUUGUUGGAAUGUGGGGUUCCAACUUUGCCCAGAAGCUCUCAAAUAACUUAUCCAGGCGUAUCAGGAUACAUUCAGCUGGACUCUGUUGGACGCUCAAAGGUUUUCGCACGUGGAGGAACUGCGUAUCCGCCAUCUUGAGGAGGUCCGCGGCUGUUGAAGCUUGUGUCAUUGCAGGUACUUAGAUUCAGCACAGGCAUGUUGGGCAAGUCCGUGGGGGGGCCGCUAUGUGUGGUGGUCUGCUCAGAGGCCAGAGGGCUGGGAGAGCGGCCGUCUCUCCUCAGCUCAAGCUCACGUAGGCCGCAGGACUUGUUCUGGGUGAACUGACACCAGAGAAGCUUGUGUGAGGCAUCCACUUGUGCACCGGCGCUUGCUUGACAGGGUGAGUACUGUUUGUAGGCAGAUUGGUCAAUUUGCCUCCAAUUAAACCAAGAUUAUCGGUGCCCGACCCAGAAACUCUCAUUGAGCAUGUCUGGUCGGCUCAGCAGUCAAGCUCCACACCCAGACCCCUUUUCUGUUUUGCUGCAGCUGAUUGCGCUAGGGUGUAUGACUGACCCGAAAUGUGAUUGCAAGCUUUAAAGGAGCAUUCCAAGCUCCGUGGCCACUACAGUGCGCUGUAGUAGUUAUGGUGCCAGAAGUGCCCUGGUGCCGCCCAAUAUAAGUAGUCAAACUGUUUUCUGAUGGUUUGGCUUCUUGCCUGCGUUCGUCUUGCCUGUUCGUCGAGUGCUGCUCCCCGCCUUCUGUUAACUACCAGGAAAGCCAGAAGAUCUGGCUUUGGAGCUUCUAUUGGCUCUCCUGAGCUAAGCUAUGAAGUGCAGGGCAAGCACAUUGGCUGUCUGCAUCAGCUAAUUGUUCUCAACCUGGCUUAGCCUAGUUUAAUUGCCAGGCUUAGUUUAGACAGAAAGCUUUCAGCUAUCCUGUAAGCUGUAGUUAAGGUGGAGAGCGACGCUCGGUGGCCCCAGGUGGCAGGCCAAUCCGUUUGAGAGGGGUUUGACUAUUUGCAUUGGAAAGAACUGUAUUCAUUGGGCUAGACAGUGUACUGUGGUGUGUGGAGUGUUCCUUUAAUUGUGUCAUAACUGCAUCAUUCUACUGGUGGAAUAAUUUUUUUAUACAUAGCCACCUUUGAGCCCAACCUUUACCUCUAACACCACUAAUCCAUCCAUACAUCCCAUCUUAUCCCUGAUCAGUUUAAGCUCCAUCAAUAUAUACAUCUUGUAAAUGACAUCACACUUUAUUACGUCCAGCCAUUUCAAUUAUUUUGUUAAAUCUCCCCAAUUAUAAUGCUAUAAAAACGCUGUGGAAUAAGUUGAUGCUAUAUAAAUGGCAAUAAUAAUACUCGUAAUAAGAAUAAUAAGCUGCACUCACGGCUUCAAAGCGAUAGUAAGACCUCAGAACGUCUAAAACCUUCACUAGGUAGAGCAAUGAAUGUAUGUGCUCUAGCUUACAUUUUAUUAAAACUAAGAAUGUUUUUCCAAGAAUUCAGCUUUUUUUUGCGUAGUUUGACAGCCAGCAUGGUAACAAAAAAAUGCCUAGUGUCAAGCUUCUGAAUGCUCGUGGGAGACAUACCAAUCCAUAUUAUUUUCCAGACUAUCCCCUUGGUAGCAUCAUUUCCACAAUUGUUAGCUAAAGCAAACAGUUUUAUUUCUAAUAGCUAGUACAUGUCAGAAGCUAAUAUAAAACCACACCAUAGGUUUUCUCAUAGUGACAGGAAGUUCUAAAAUAUUCUGUUCUCAAACCGACUCCACAUUCCGCACAACAUUAUGAAGUUAUUCAGCAGGACUACUGAGUAUGUUUGUAUCUGAGGGAAGAGUGAACAUUUGCAGAUUGCAAAGUCACAAUGUAUCGUACCAGAAAAGGUUCAUAGUAAAAAACUAAAAAAGUAAAUUUAAGGUAGUUUGUGCUAUAUUAUAAUUCAGUUUAUCAGUAGGUUGUUAAGCCACCUAAAACCUCCUGCAAUAGCCCAUUGUCUGUCCACUCUGCCUGCCAAGGUGCCUACACCGUAUAAUGUCCCUCUUUGGUCAUCUGAAGUGUCGUGAUCUGUGAGUGUGCACUCUGAUACACAUAACUGGCUACUUCCCCUCUAACAAUGGGUAGUAUUCUGUGUCUCCUCAAAUUCCAUUAGUUCUGUUCAAGAGGAGUAGAUAUACAGUACAAAAUAGAAUAGAAUUUAUGCAGGCAAUUUUAUAGAGCUAUUGUAUUUUGAGUUUGUAUUGGAUAUGUAAACAAGCCCUGAGGGCUUAUCACAUAGAGGGUGCAGCCAUGUGAUCAAGACCUCAGAUUCAUGGCGUGCCAAAAAAUUACAGGAUAUGAUCUACUGAAGGUUUGCAGACACAAAUAUACGCCAAAAGGACGGAAGAUUUUUGUAGACUUUGGAAGUUCCCCAAGUUUAAAAGAGUACCAUUUUUUUACAUCCUUGGCAUAUUUGUUCAGUUGUGCAAUUUGGUCUACAUGUUGUAACUUCCAGGAUUAUUCUUUAAUCUGUAAAUUGAUACGAAAUUAAAGUGAACUUCUAAUUUUAGACCAAGUCAUCUAUGUUUUCAGUUUAAAUAUGUUGGGCUAAAAUUUGAUAUUUAGUGUGAAUUCACGUUGUAUUUUCUACAUUUCAAACUUUAGUGUAUAACCCUGGCACACAGUUUACAGAUUUUUCUAGAAUAUAUAUAUGUGUGUGUGAUUAGCAUCUUUGGCCUUCUAAAUUCUAAAAAAAACUUGAGGGAAGUCAGGUGUGUUGUGCCAAAACAGACAGCUAGUUGGGCCUGAAAAAGAGAGAAAUUAAAAAAAGAGGGAGUACUGGGAAGGGUCAGUGGGGUGCUCUGUGUUUCAGUGGUGCUGCAUUGAGGACAUAAGGUAUAGCUAAUUAACCCCUCUUCGGGGAGCUGUAGUGGUGAUGGUGCUUGGGAGUAAUCAUUUUAAUGAGAUAAAAAAAGUCUACAACCUAAUUAAUUCUAAAUUAAUCUCUACUGACUUUCAGUUGAAUGACACAAGGCGGCUGGAUUCCUUUGAUGCGUUGCAUCUGAAAUAAGUUUGCAGCAUUACUUGUGUUCAGAAGGCAGGAUGUUGUUGGUGAUGACUUUCAGUAACCAAGA